CUCACCGAUGCUGAAAUUACGUUCCUGCAAGUUAUUCUCUGCUAGUGCGUCUAGGUUUGGAGUUUAGAACGGUUUCACUUCAUCUCCCGAAGUAUGUGCUCUCUGUGCUGUGCAUCAUAUGAACAUUGUCUGAAAAUACAGGGAUGACCGUGUAGGAGACCUCAGGUAAGCGUGCAUAUCUGCAUUGUAUGUGUUUCUUAAAAUCAUUUUAAAAAGGCCUAGAAAUAUAUACAUGCGAACAGUCAAGAUUAUCCUAAGGCUUUCACUUAUUUUCUUUUUCUUUACAUCCAGGGAUUACAUAACUGCAGCGUUUAUUUGAAACACUAUAAAUGGUAAAAUGGCAAGUUCUGUACUAAGGUGUGAAUUGUUGUGAAUUCAACAUUUUAGGCAAUAAAAAUGACUUAUUAAUAAUUCCUAGUUUGAAAUGUUCACGUUUUAAUGGCCUAAAUCUGUCCAUCCUUCAAUAGUUUGGAAAUCUAAGUAAUUCCGACCCGUCUACAGUGUCUUUAAAAAAGCUAAUUUGGUUUCUAAAUGUGUUGUUGCAAAAUUUGGGUAAAUAUUAGUAUUCUUUAUAUUAAACAAGGGGCAUUAUUAUGUAAAAUUUUGGCGACAAUUAAUUUAAGGGACCGUUAGUACCCAGUACCCUCUAUACUUGCUAUCUGUACAGAAUACCAUACUAUGUUAUAGAAACAUAGAAUGUGACGGCAGAUAAGAACCAUUUGGCCCAUCUAGUCUGCCCAAUUUUCUAAAUACUUUCAUUAGUCCCUGGCCUUAUCUUAUAGUUAGGAGAGCCUUAUGCCUAUCCCACGCAUGCUUAAACUCCUUUACUGUGUUAACAUCUACCACUUCAGCUGUAAGCCUAUUCCAUGCAUCCACUACCCUCUCAGUAAAGUAAUACUUCCUGAUAUUUUUAAACCUUUGCCCCUCUAAUUUAAGACUAUGUCCUCUUGUUGUGGUACUUUUUCUUCUUCUAAAUAUGGUCUGCUCCUUUACUGUGUUGAUUCCUUUUAUGUAUUUAAAUGUUUCUAUCAUAUCCUCCCUGUCUCGUCUUUCCUCCAAGCUAUACAUGUUAAGAUCCUUUAACCUUUCCUGGUAAGUGUUAUCCUGCAAUCCAUGAACCAGUUUAGUAGCCCUUCUCUGAACUCUAAAGUAUCAAUAUGCUUCUGAAGAUAUCGUCUCCACUACUGCGUACAAUACUCCAAGUGAGGUCUCACCAGUGUUCAGUACAAUGGCAUGAGCACUUCCUUCUUUCUACUGCUAAUACCUUUCCCUAUACAACCAAGCAUUCUGCUAGCAUUUCCUGCUGCUCUAUUACAUUGUCUGCCUAUCUUUAAGUCAUCAGAAAUAAUCACGCCUAAAUCCCUUUCCUCAGAUGUUGAGGUUAGGACUCUGUCAAAUAUUCUGUACUCUGCCCUUGGGUUUUUAUGUUCGAGAUGCAUUAUCUUGCACUUAUCCACAUUAAAUGUCAGUUGCCACAACUUUUUUAGUUUACCUAAAUCAUUUGCCAUUUGGCUUAUCCCUCCUGGAACAUCAACCCUGUUAUAUAUCUUAGUAUCAUCAGCAAAAAGACAUACCUUACCAUCAAGACCUUCUGCAAUAUCACUAAUAAAAACAUUAAAGAGAAUGGGUCCAAGUACAGAUCCCUGAGGUACCCCACUGGUGACAAACUCAUGCUUCGAAUAUACGCCAUUGACUACAACCCUCUGUUGCCUGUCAAUCAGCCACUGCCUUACCCAUUAUACAUGUGCAAUUUGUUUCGGUCCGAAUAUGAAUUUGGAAGUACCCGAAUGGCUGAAUUGCCGAAGUUCCGAAGCACAGUAUUGCCUAAGUAGUAAUAUACUUACCCAAUGAAAGAAGAAGAAUGUUACAUUGUAUACAAUUUUAAAUAAAAAGUAUACAAACAUAGACAGGAUUCAGCUGUAAGCAUUUGCAACACAAUCAAGUAACAUACAUUGUAUAUGAAUGUAAGUUACUUAGCCAGUCAAUGUAAUGACAGGAAUGAAUAAGUAGAUAACUCCCUAAUUCCUAAAUUGGUCUUUCAGCCAAAUUUACUAAUACUAAGUAAAUAUUACUUCGUAUUAGUAAAUUAUGCCCCUACGCGCUAUACCGCGGGUAGGGGCAUGUCUAGUAAACCGUGAGCACUGUUAAACCUAUUGCCCACCCCUGAGCGGCGGGGGGGACCUACAGUAAAAUAAGGGGGGGGACCUAAUGUCCUCCCCCCUGGCCCCCACCCCUGAGCGGUGGGUGGGGCCCCUAACUUCACUCUCUCUGCUGUUCUAUGUUCAUUCACACCCGCUACAUUGGAAGAGGUUUCUGCUCUGCUCCAGUCCUCCCGCCCCACCACCUGCUCCCUAGAUCCAAUUCCCUCGCAUCUCAUCUGUACUCUGUCUUCUUCUCUUUCUCCACCUCUCACUAAAAUUCUCAAUCUCUCUCUCUCCUCUGGUAUAUUUCCAUUGCCCUUCAAACAUGCAAAUGUAACCCCAAUUCUAGAGAAGCCCAAUCUUGACCCUAACUCCCCAUCCAACUAUCAUCCUAUCUGCUACUGUCUUUUGCAUCCUUGAAAAAAUUGUGUAUGCAAGAUUGACAGACUUCAUGGAGUCCAACUCUCUGCUAGACCCGCUUCAGUCUGGUUUCCGCGCUAAGCACUCUGGGGAAACGGCACUGACCAAAGUAUCCAAUGAUCUACUCGCUGCAAAAUCUUGUGGUCACUACUCUAUCCUAAUUCUCCUUGACCUGUCUGCGGCUUUUGACACUGUUGAUCAUCAACAGCUUCUUCUCAUCCUCUGCAAUAUCGGUCUACAAGAUACUGCUCUCUCCUGGUGCUCCUCCUACCUCUCCCAGCGCUCUUUCAGUGUUUCUUUCUCUGGCUCUGCUUCUUCUCCCCAACUCCUCUCUGUUGGUGUCCCCCAAGGUUCAGUACUUGGUCCCCUACUGUUCUCCAUCUAUACUGCCUCCCUUGGUAAACUCAUUAGCUCCUUUGGCUUCCAAUAUAAUUUCUACCUGUGUUCUCCUGAUCUCUCCCCGUCCCUCUUGACUAGUGUCUCUAACUGCCUCUCUGCUGUUUCUAACUGGAUGGCUGCCCACUUCCUUAAAGUAAACUUGACCGAAACUGAAAUUCUGGUCUUUCCUCCCUCAAGUGUUGUUACUCCUGUGUCUGUCUCCCUCCAAGUCAACGGUGGUACCAUCAGUUCCACCACGCAGGCUCGCUGCCUAGGUGUCCUCUUUGACUCCGACCUAUCCUUCAAGCCUCAUGUUCAAUCUAUCGCCAAAUCCUGUCAUUUCCAUCUCAAAAACAUUGCGUGUAUCCACCCCUACUUAACACCAGAUGAGACUAAGGUGUUGGUCCAUUCCACUGUCCUUUCUCGCCUUGACUACUGUAAUCCGCUUCUCAGUGGUCUUAUGUGCUCCCAACUAGCGCCGUUACAGUCCAAAUUGAAUGCGGCGGCAAGGCUCAUCUUCCUGUCCGCCCGCACCUCCCAUGCCUCACCUUUCUGUCAAUCCCUACAUUGGCUUCCUAUAAAAUAUAGAGCUCAAUUUAAAAUUCUGGUUCUUGCUUUCAAAUCUCUACAUAAUGCUGCUCCCACCUAUCUAUCCUCCCUUAUACACAAGUAUGUCCCGUCUAGGCCCUUACGAUCUGCUGAAGACUUACAUCUAUCUUCUGUCCGUACUCCCACCUCUGAUGCUCGCCUUCAAGAUUUCUCGAGGGCUGCACCGUUCCUGUGGAACUCGCUUCCCUCCUCCGUUAGAUGCUCACCCAGUCUCCACUCCUUCAAAAAUCGUUAAAAACCCACUUCUUCAUAAAAGCGUAUCAAUUAAACUGUUAAUAGCUCCUGACUGAUUCCUCUUCUGCAACUGUCAUUAGUCUAAUACUGUCCUUACCUUUUUGUGUCAUUUUACCCCACUCCCUCUAGCAUGUCAGCUCAUUGAGCAGGGCCCUCAACCCCUCUGUUCCUGUGUGUCCAACUUGUCUGGAUACAACUACGUCUGUUCGUCCACCCAUUGUAAAGCGCUGCGGAAUUUGACGGCGCUCUAUAAAUAUCAUAAUAAUACUAAUAAGGGGGGACACCUAAUGUCCUACCCCCUGGCCCCCACCCCUGAGCAGUGGGUGGGGGGGCCCGAAAUACUAAGGGGUGGGGACCUAACUUCUUCCCCCCUGGCCCCCACCCCUGAGUGGUGGGUGGGGGCCCUAAAUACUAAUAAGGGGGGGACCUAAUUUCCUCCCCCCUGGCCCACACCCCUGAGCUCAGUCCAUGUUGUUAACGGGGCACUCCACUAUCCAAAUACAAAAAUAAAAUAGAUUACUGUUUAGUAAAUAUGCCAGAUAUACCCCCAAUAAAAUAAUGCAUUUAUUACUGUAGUUUUUUUUUUUUUUUUUGGAGGUAAAUCUAAAACACAUUUUGAAAGCUGCAGAUCUCUUGUCUGCAGCCUUUAUAAGCCCUCCAAUUCUAACCCCUCAAUACGCAGGACACAGCUUGCUGAUUAAUGGUCUAAUGAUAAAGCAGUCCUCAUGCUCGAUUAUUGGGGAAAACAUGCAAUUUACCACAAGCAAACAUUGUGCAAACAUCGUAUCUUCAAUUUGCAGAAGUAGAGGGUUUAGUUGUUGUCUUGUUUGCAAAUUUUCAGUUCAUAGGUUGCUGUGUGUUUGUAUUGUCAGAUAAAAGGACCAUAAAUGACGAGGGUAAUAGGAUGCAUUCUGGUUAAUAUUUGUCCAGUAAUGUAUCAGAUGAUCUCUCUUUUAUAACUGAAAAUGCUUUGCCAGGAAUAUGUUUCAUGCAGAGCCUUAGAGAAUCCUAGAUGUCACAUUCUCCUAGAUGUCUCUAGUAUUAAAUCCACCAGUAUAUUUUACGAUGAGACCAUGUGUUGGCAAAAUUCCUUUCCUUUAAUAUUCAACAACCUAGUGUAGAAUUAUUUAAAGUAAUGCCAUAAAUGGAUAGAAUAUAAAUGCACUGGCGGUUCUCAACCCUUAGUUAAUUGUAGUAGAGUAAGAAGAUCUAUAGCUCUGCCCCAUUGUCACCUUUCUAUAACAUGUUCUUUCCAUCCUACAUCAUUGCAUUCUAGAACACCAAAUAGAUACUCCACUGACCAAAUAGAAAUCCCUGCUUAGUAGAUACACCCUCAAGGAAAACAUGCAGGCAUUUAAUUAUGCAUUUUUUUCAUUUGGGGUAUAUAUAAAAACAGCCUGUAAAAGCUGCAAUCUCUUGUCUGCAGCCAUUGUAAACCCUCCCCUUCUAACCCCGCCCAAACUUCCUGUGUCUGUCCAAUCACAGGCACCCCAAUGCAGCUCAAUGAGAAGUCUUUGCAAGGCAGGUGCUCUGGGCAAUUGCUGCCACUUGCGUUUAUCUCCACUGAGUUAACAAACCAGGAAGUAACACAAGAUCCACAAGAUGUCGUAGAAUGUUCCCAUGAUGCUUUUCCAACUUUAAAGGGAAAUGGCCACUUCUCCAGAAAUUGCACCAUUGAAUAAAUUGUUGUGCAAAUGACAGCCAAGGGGGUGUAACAAGGUUAAUUUAUAAAAGUGCCAAUUUCUAUUGAAAUCUGCAUUUUUGCAAAUUAAAAAAAAUAUAUAACACAUUGUUCACAUAUAAAGCUUUUCAGCAAGGUAAAGUGCUAUAGGGGUAUGAAGUGUCCAUUUAACUAAGUCUUAGAAGAAAACUUCCAUGGGCAUUUCUAUUUUGGAUCUUGUUGAAGAAAAAAAGAAAAGGCCUAAAUGUAAGGCUAACCUAUGAGGAAAUAAAAUCAAAUACACACACACACACACACGCAGAUAUACAGACAAACAGUUAGAUACACAUAUUCAUAGACACAGAUAUAAAGGCACACGUACCGACACACAUGCAGAUACACACAGAUAGACACACAUACAGAUACACAUACACACAUAUGGAUACAAACACACAUACAGGCAGAAGAUACACAUUUUAGACCACCUUCUUGUUUCCUACAUUUUUUGUGCAGGAGGGUGGCUUCCCUGGGGUCUAGACAGCUGGCUCAGGCUGUUGGGUGCAGUGUGUGAGGGGUGCAACGUGUGUGAGGAGUGCAGUAUGUUAGUGGUGCAAUGUGCGUGUAUGGGGGAGCAUUGUGGGAGAGGGUGACAUUGUGGGAGAGGGUGACUAUGUGUGUGGUAGGGUUACAGUGUUGGGGGACAGUGUGUGUGGGAUACAGUGUGUGUGUGUAUAGGAGCAGUGUGGGGGAGGGUGACUUUGUGUAUGUGUUGGGGGGGAGGGGGUUACAGUGUGUGGGGAGGCUGUGUUUUAGUACCCAGCCUCCCUCAAAUUGAAAUAUCUUUUAAUCGAUUCCCUGGUGGUCCAGUUUCCUCCCUGGUGGUCCGGUGGCAGCAGACCAAGUGAUUGGUGUUUCACGAGUGUCAGAGUGUUGCUGUAAUAACCCGCGACAAUGCUCUGGUCUGGCUGAGAUCGCAAGAUGCUUCAAUCUGCAGCUCUGCACCCGGCGCAGCUACAGACAGGAGGUGUAGGCUCUCUCCCUCUAUGGGCAGACUGAGCGGAAGGGCUUGCGCUGUGUGCCGCCAGGCUCCCUCCCAGUUUUGGACAUCGGUCAGAGACCGAAGACCCGACACGUCCGUCUGUGAGUAACCGGGAAGUCCAAGCCACCCCAUGCGCUGAGAGUUAAAUAACCAGCCAGGUGAUUAUAACCUCAAUUAUAAGACAAGGUUGUUUAUUCAGAAGUUUUUUUUUCCGGAAAAUAACCUAUUCUUAUAAAUCAAGCAAAUACGGUAUGUUAAUACAGGGUUAUAGGUGAGUUUCAAUGAUUUAUUCAUUGGUGUAAUUUAUGGAGAAGUAACCGUUCCCCUAAAGUUGGAAAAGCAUAAUGAGAACUUUCUACAACAUCUUGGGGCUUCCUCUCUGCCACACCUAAAUUACACCAAGCUAAUGGAAUAAAGACUUUAACCUCUGAAGUCUUGGGCUUGUGACCCACUGUUCCAAGGCCACUUACCACCACUUACCAAACAUCAUGUGAGAAUAGCGAAUAGGGAACUCAUAACUGCUUCAUGACGGGAAGAAGGAAUCCUACAAAUGUGGGAGUGACAUUCUCUGUACCCAGGAAUGAAUCUUUAUAGCCAUACGCACCUCGCCUACACCUUCACUGUGUGUGUUAACCACAGAUAGUGAAAUAUUUAAGAUAAGUAAGUUCACAGUCCGAACGAAGGUCUAAUUGUUUACCAGAGUGAUGUCUGAUCCACAGAGACACGUUUGCACUCAGUCUCAAUAAAGCUGGGUGUGGCUCAUUAUACUAUGUAUCCAGUUUUUUAAAAAGUUUAGGUUUUAUAAUAUCAGCUCAUUCUAUCUAACUCAUACCUCCCAACAUUUCAUAGAGACAAAGAGGGGGACAUUUUAAUUUUAUAGGUGUGAUUGGAGGUGUGGCCAGGGGCAAGGCUGUUCUGAGAUACUUUAGGUGACUUAAUUUAUACUAGUAAAAUGAACAAUGUAUCUUAUUUACACAGACUGAAUUCUAAACACAUUUAUUGUAGUUUAAAGACACAUUACUGGGAUUAUUAUUGCUUUGGAGCUCUGUUAUACACUCAGACACAUUACUGGGAUUAUUAUUGCUUUGGAGCUCUGUUAUACACUCAGGCACAUUACUGGGAGUAUUAUUGCUGUGGAGCUCUGUUAUACACUCAGACACAUUACUGGGAGUAUUAUUGCUGUGGAGCUCUGUUAUACACUCAGACACAUGUUGGGAGUAUUAUUGCUGUGGAGCUCUGUUAUACACUCAGACACAUUACUGGGAGUAUUAUUGCUGUGGAGCUCGGUUAUACACUCAGACACAUUACUGGGAGUAUUAUUACUGUGGAGCUCGGUUAUACACUCAGACACAUUACUGGGAGUAUUAUUGCAGUGGAGCUCGGUUAUACACUCAGACACACCAACAAUAUGGUUUGCAAAUCUAACUUAAACAAUAUACAAACAAAAUGACAAAUUAAAAAGCAAUAAUACUUAGCUUAUAAGGAUGUGUAACAGCCUCCCUAGGUCGCUACCCAAACGAGCAACCUGUAUCAUGCAUAAUAUAAACCAAAAAAGAAGAUUCGGGAUAUGGCUGUGUAAAUCUACAGAAGGAAUAUAAAACAGAACAUAGUGUGAUAUUGUUAAAGAUACAAUAUUAUAUGCGCAACAAUCUUUUGCACUCACAAGAUGUAGAUGAUAAAAGCGCUCUUAGGGUGCCUCCCCUAGAAUGAUGGGGGGUUAGCUGAUAUUGCUUGUCACCUCUGGAUCCUUGUUCCACCAAAAAGACAUCCACAGGUCAGGGUUCAGCAAUAAAAAAUUUGUUUAUUUAAAUAAAAGGUGUAGUCACCAUAUUGAGCAUAGGAUAUAAAUAGCGUAAAAUAGUCCUACGCGUUUCGUUCUAUAAGAACUUCCUCAGGGACCACAAUUAAAAACAAUCAGCAUGUAUCAGUAUACAAUACAUAAAUAAACAUAUCCUAUACAAACCCCCCCUCCCUGUGUCCUUAAAUAGGGCUAAUCCCUAGAGUCCAUUGGUGGAUUCAGUGGGAGUGUAAAUCCUUCCUGUUCCUGGUUGGAGGGACAAUUUCACUGGGACAGCUGUUAUCCAUUCUUUAAUUUUAUAAUUUGCGCUUUUUUUCGGCAAAUACCGCGGGUAAUCCCAUUUCGCCGAAACCGGAAGUGACGUCACAAUUACUUCCGCGUUCCACAUGCGUUCCACACACGGCGUCCCCAUAGCAACCAAACGUGAUCGAGUUGUUUAAAGAUCACCUGGAACUAAGGGAGAAUAAACCCCCACUCUGCUAAUGAAAAGAUUAUUAGGCAUGUACAUUUGCAAUUGGCCAUUAUUCACAACUAAUGUAUGUAGAGUAUCAUCCUCCUAUUGUGAUAUUGUUAAAUAGUAAUAAUAAUAUAAAUAAUAAUAACAUAAAUCCUUAUAUUUAUCCAAUUAUAAUAUUACCUCAAAAUAUUAUAAGUCAAAAGACUUAUUAUAAAGUGCUUAGGUGCCUCAUAUAAAUCAAAAAAAUGAUUAUAAAUUUUUUAAUUUUUUUUUUUCAUAUACAACUUUAUAUAAUUAGUGAAAGGAGGACAUCACAGUUAAUCGAUCACUAUCAUCAGUUGAUCUUUAGUAUAUCACAUCUCAUUAAUGUUCCUUAUGAGGAAAAAAACUUUCAAAACUUGUUUAAUAUCUUUGUGCAAUUCUUUUAAGUACAAAAAAGAUUGUGAAUUAUAACUUAAAAAAUUAGUGUGCAAUCCCACGUUUGGGAUGAUGCUAAUUCUAUAUAUCAUCCUGGUGAGUUUAUUUUCAAUAUUCAAACAGUCAAUUGCUAUAUCUCCAUUGUAUCUUUAUGAUUUAGAUCAUACAAGACCAUAAAUCCUAACAUAAAAUGAAAAAUUAUAUAAAGAUAAUAACUCAAAAUAAUCAUAUAUAUAAAUCCUCUAUCUAAAUAAAGGUAAACUUACAACUGUAGAAAGAAGCCCCAAAUUGGGGACAAACACACAUAUCUAUUGUAUUCCAUUAUAAAACUUUAUUAAGGCCAAGUCAAUCCAAAAAACACAUUAAGUCAAUAUCUAUAUUUAGACCCUUUGGAGUAAGGGUCUGUAACUUAUAUAUCCAGAAAGUCUCCCUUUGGGCUAGUCUUUGUACUCUAUUGCCCCCACGCCAAAAAGGGGAAACUCGUUCUAUUCCCCAACAUUUAAAAUCCUUAAAUGAAAAUAAGGGACAAGAUAUACAAUGAGCUGGGACUGAAUGUAUCGUCAGUCCCUUUCUAAUAUUGUUAAGAUGUUCCAAUAGGCGGACCUUCAGAAUCCUCUUAGUUCGUCCCACAUAUUGCAUGCCACACGGACACUGCAGCAAAUAUACUACAAAGUCCGUGUGGCAAUUGAUACUAUCCCUAAGUGUGAAGAUCUCCCCCAUAGUAGAGCUAAAAAAAGUAUGUGUAUUUUUAUGGACACCGUGGUACAGACUUUACAAGUACCACAGCCUCGAAAUGAGCCUGAUCGAACAGACGUAGAGACAGAUGGUGGCUUGAUGGCAUAACUUGGUGCCAACAUAUCCUUCAAAUUUUUAUUCCUUUUAUAAAUCACUACGGGAUUGUCCGUUAAAUGUGCCCCCAGAACAGGGUCUUGUAACAAAAUAGGCCAAGAAUUUUGAAGACUCCUCUUAAUUCUAUUAUAAUCAAUGUUGUAAUGAGUGAUAAAUGCUGAACGAAAAUUAUCUCUAGUUUGCGGAAUAGAUGGUCUAUUUUCCAAAAACGUCUUUCUUUCUAUAUCACCAAUACGGCAGAUCUCUUUCUCUAAUCUCUUACCAUUGUAUCCCCUAUCUAUGAGUUUCCUCUUUAUAUGAGAUGAUUGGGCAAAGAAAUCUUGUUUGUCUGAGCAAUUCCGCCUAAGUCGGGUGAACUGGCUCCUAGCUAUACCCUUAAGCCAAGGUUCAUAAUGCCCACUCUUACGGUGAACGAACCCAUUUCCAUCAGUAGGUUUAAAAAAACAUUUACUCCUUAUCUGUCUUGAAUCGUGCAGACAAAGGUCAAGAAAAUUGAUCUCAUUUUUAUUCCAAAUGGGGGUAAAAACCAGAUUAUAUUCGUUAUUAUUCAGGAAAUUGACAUAAUCAUCAAAUAAGACAGAAGACCCCUUCCAAAUGAUAAUAACAUCAUCGAUAUAACGCCGCCAUAGGACCAAGCCCUCCAGCCAUGUCCAGACCAAACAAACAACUCCUCCCAUCUUCUCAUAUAAGUGUUGGCAUAGCUGGGGGCGAACUUGGUUCCCAUGGCGGUCCCCGUUAUUUGUAGAAAAAAAUCACCAUUAAAGAAAAAAAAUUGAAAAGAACUAACUCACCAAAGUACAGAGACCUGGGAACAUCCCAACCGUUUUGCAACCCUAUGCCAGGAUUCCCCAGUAAAGAGAAUCCGGACGGAGGAUUAGGAACAACCUCUUUAAAUGGGGGUUUGAUAAAUGAGAAAGAACUGAGUAAGGGGAUUUUUAAUUUAACUCCAACUCCACUUUCAGAUGAGGAGAUUAAUUUGUUAUCAAGGGGUUUGAAAUUUGCCCCAAAUAGAAGGGCCAAUAAUUUUGAACUCUAUAUUGAUCUUAAAAAGUUUAUCCGUUCUUUAACUAUUAAAAGACAUUUUCUAUUACAUCCUCCUGAAAUUAAAACUGGUGGUGAGGGCAUUGAUGUUGAUUAUAGAUUCCGCCCCAAGUCCCAUUUUUUCCCUACUCAUAGUAAGGGCCCUUUUUUAGAAACCUUCGAACAUUUGGUAGACCAACAAUUCCAAAAUAUGAUGAAGGGCACUAAUAGGAAUAAAAAGAACUGCUUUCCAAAUUUAAACAAAAAGGAAGAAAACACACUUAAACGAUUGAUAGAAAGAGAUGAUGUAAUUAUUAGGGAAGCAGAUAAAGGGGGGGGGAUAGUGUUAAUGACUACCACAUAUUAUCUCCAGGAAGCAGCACAUAUUUUGGGGGAUAAAGACACUUAUAGUGUACUUAAAUGUGACCCAACGAGCCGGUUUAAUGUAGAACUCCAAACAAUUUUGAAUAGAGCUAAGGAGAGAGGUACCAUUUCACAAAAAAAUUAUGAUUUUUUAUACCAAAAAACUCCAAUUAUCCCUAUUUUUUAUUUUCUUCCAAAGACACACAAACGUCUCCCUAACCCUCCUGGGCGACCUAUAAUUAGUGGUAUUAAUUCACUGACAGCUAAUUUGUCGGCCUACGUUGACUCUCGAUUACAGAAAUAUGCCCAAGGGGCACCUUCAUAUGUAAAGGAUACAAAGUCUUUUCUCCAAGAAGUUGAGAAUAUUGAAUGGGAUCCGGAGUACAGUUGGGCCACCCUUGAUGUGACCUCUCUGUACUCGGUGAUUAGCCAUAAUUUGGGUCUGGAGGCAGUUGACUAUUUUAUGAAGCAGGAUUUGGAGUUACCAAUGGAUAUUAGAGAGUUUAUUUUUCUUCCGUUCAAUUUAUUUUAUAUCACAAUUAUUUUUUCUUUAAUGGUGAUUUUUUUCUACAAAUAACGGGGACCGCCAUGGGAACCAAGUUCGCCCCCAGCUAUGCCAACACUUAUAUGAGAAGAUGGGAGGAGUUGUUUGUUUGGUCUGGACAUGGCUGGAGGGAGAACUUGGUCCUAUGGCGGCGUUAUAUCGAUGAUGUUAUUAUCAUUUGGAAGGGGUCUUCUGUCUUAUUUGAUGAUUAUGUCAAUUUCCUGAAUAAUAACGAAUAUAAUCUGGUUUUUACCCCCAUUUGGAAUAAAAAUGAGAUCAAUUUUCUUGACCUUUGUCUGUCGCACGAUUCGAGACAGAUAAGGAGUAAAUGUUUUUUUAAACCUACUGAUGGAAAUGGGUUCGUUCACCGUAAGAGUGGGCAUUAUGAACCUUGGCUUAAGGGUAUAGCUAGGAGCCAGUUCACCCGACUUAGGCGGAAUUGCUCAGACAAACAAGAUUUCUUUGCCCAAUCAUCUCAUAUAAAGAGGAAACUCAUAGAUAGGGGAUACAAUGGUAAGAGAUUAGAGAAAGAGAUCUGCCGUAUUGGUGAUAUAGAAAGAAAGACGUUUUUGGAAAAUAGACCAUCUAUUCCGCAAACUAGAGAUAAUUUUCGUUCAGCAUUUAUCACUCAUUACAACAUUGAUUAUAAUAGAAUUAAGAGGAGUCUUCAAAAUUCUUGGCCUAUUUUGUUACAAGACCCUGUUCUGGGGGCACAUUUAACGGACAAUCCCGUAGUGAUUUAUAAAAGGAAUAAAAAUUUGAAGGAUAUGUUGGCACCAAGUUAUGCCAUCAAGCCACCAUCUGUCUCUACGUCUGUUCGAUCAGGCUCAUUUCGAGGCUGUGGUACUUGUAAAGUCUGUACCACGGUGUCCAUAAAAAAUACACAUACUUUUUUUAGCUCUACUACGGGGGAGAUCUUCACACUUAGGGAUAGUAUCAAUUGCCACACGGACUUUGUAGUAUAUUUGCUGCAGUGUCCGUGUGGCAUGCAAUAUGUGGGACGAACUAAGAGGAUUCUGAAGGUCCGCCUAUUGGAACAUCUUAACAAUAUUAGAAAGGGACUGACGACACAUUCAGUCCCAGCUCAUUGUAUAUCUUGUCCCUUAUUUUCAUUUAAGGAUUUUAAAUGUUGGGGAAUAGAACGAGUUUCCCCUUUUUGGCGUGGGGGCAAUAGAGUACAAAGACUAGCCCAAAGGGAGACUUUCUGGAUAUAUAAGUUACAGACCCUUACUCCAAAGGGUCUAAAUAUAGAUAUUGACUUAAUGUGUUUUUUGGAUUGACUUGGCCUUAAUAAAGUUUUAUAAUGGAAUACAAUAGAUAUGUGUGUUUGUCCCCAAUUUGGGGCUUCUUUCUACAGUUGUAAGUUUACCUUUAUUUAGAUAGAGGAUUUAUAUAUAUGAUUAUUUUGAGUUAUUAUCUUUAUAUAAUUUUUCAUUUUAUGUUAGGAUUUAUGGUCUUGUAUGAUCUAAAUCAUAAAGAUACAAUGGAGAUAUAGCAAUUGACUGUUUGAAUAUUGAAAAUAAACUCACCAGGAUGAUAUAUAGAAUUAGCAUCAUCCCAAACGUGGGAUUGCACACUAAUUUUUUAAGUUAUAAUUCACAAUCUUUUUUGUACUUAAAAGAAUUGCACAAAGAUAUUAAACAAGUUUUGAAAGUUUUUUUCCUCAUAAGGAACAUUAAUGAGAUGUGAUAUACUAAAGAUCAACUGAUGAUAGUGAUCGAUUAACUGUGAUGUCCUCCUUUCACUAAUUAUAUAAAGUUGUAUAUGAAAAAAAAAAAAAAAUCAUUUUUUUGAUUUAUAUGAGGCACCUAAGCACUUUAUAAUAAGUCUUUUGACUUAUAAUAUUUUGAGGUAAUAUUAUAAUUGGAUAAAUAUAAGGAUUAAUGUUAUUAUUAUUUAUAUUAUUAUUACUAUUUAACAAUAUCACAAUAGGAGGAUGAUACUCUACAUACAUUAGUUGUGAAUAAUGGCCAAUUGCAAAUGUACAUGCCUAAUAAUCUUUUCAUUAGCAGAGUGGGGGUUUAUUCUCCCUUAGUUCCAGGUGAUCUUUAAACAACUCGAUCACGUUUGGUUGCUAUGGGGACGCCGUGUGUGGAACGCAUGUGGAACGCGGAAGUAAUUGUGACGUCACUUCCGGUUUCGGCGAAAUGGGAUUACCCGCGGUAUUUGCCGAAAAAAAGCGCAAAUUAUAUUAUUGCUGAACCCUGACCUGUGGAUGUCUUUUUGGUGGAACAAGGAUCCAGAGGUGACAAGCAAUAUCAGCUAACCCCCCAUCAUUCUAGGGGAGGCACCCUAAGAGCGCUUUUAUCAUCUACAUCUUGUGAGUGCAAAAGAUUGUUGCGCAUAUAAUAUUGUAUCUUUAACAAUAUCACACUAUGUUCUGUUUUAUAUUCCUUCUGUAGAUUUACACAGCCAUAUCCCGAAUCUUCUUUUUUGGUUUACACCAACAAUAUGGAGCUCCUAGAAAAGAGAGACAUUGUGAUAGAACAGAGGGAUUCUGGUAAAAAUAGGGACUGCCCCUUGUAUAUUGGGUCACUUGGGAAGUAUGAUAAUGUAAAUUUCCUGUCUUUUGCUACAGACACCUGCAGGGCAUGAUAAAUUAUUAUAAACACUGUAAUUUCCUCCGAUUCCCAGUUUAGUAAAUACAUUCCAAAGGCAUAAUACAUGUUAUGCCAAAAAAGAUGAAAUGGUAGAUUUGGAGCAUUUUUCCAGUUUGGCUGACAAACAAACUGCUUUCCAAUCCUCUACAAUCACUCGUUAUUGAAUAAGGUAUCUCACUUAAUCAGUUUAUUUAAUCUGUGCGGUAUUAUGUGUUUUACUCAAAGGGUCUUGGCCUUGGUUUCCAUCAUGAUCGUAUCACAUGCAGGUUUAAAUUGAUUAAAUGUCUCAUGUUUUGCAUCUUUUGACAUAUAAAAUGUUAUAAUAGUGAAUUCAAAUGUAAUCUAAAUUAUCCUCUAAUUCAUGUUUUGUCACAGCUUGGCCUUUUCUGCCUAAAUGUUGCAGUUCACUACCCACGGUAGUGGUUAUGAUACAAUAAGUGUCCUGGCAUUGCCUCACUGUAAGAUGUCAAAAUAUAUUCAUCACAGGGGGCGGAGCUUAACCGCGAGCGACAGCAGUCGCCAUUUAACUGCGCUCUGUCUGUCGAGACGAUAAAAGCCUUAUUUUAGAGGGCUAAACCCCUCUCCCAACCUGCAAACGGCUCACACUCCACGGAGUAAGCACCCCAGAGGCGACCUUUGCCGUUCGUGCUUCCGGCGAGAGUAAGAAGGCAGAAGCGCAGGCCUGGGGCCUACAAGCCCACUCAGAGCCUGAAUGGUUGGACCUGCUAGACAGCUUGGAACCUCACGGGGACCCAGAGGCUGAAUCCUAUCCAGACGCUUACCUAACACCCCUGGCACAGAUGAGCAGACGGUCCCAGAAGAAGCCCCCAUCAGGGUCCAGAGACAUAUGGUCAUUAUUGCAGCGACACCAGCCAGCCAAAAUGGUUGACAAGGCGGAUCAUGGAACUGCAAUGACACCAGCAGAGCCUGUACAACUGGACCCACCACCUGGCAAGUACCUGGCACAAGUGAGGGCCCAGCUGGGUCUGCACCAGUCACACAGCAGGACUUCCGCAACUUGGUUCAGGAGAUCAAGACUCUCCUAGCUGCUGACGUGGCAGUUGUCAAAGCAGACAUACAGGCAGUUGACAAAAGGGUGAAGGCCUCAGAAGAGGACAUAGCUGAAAUGGAACGGGGACUCAGUCCAAGACUCAGUCCUAGCAAUGCAAGUUCACCAACCAGCUCUGUCACUCCAUUAUAUAUCACUGGACAACAGGUCACGGCGCAACCACCUGAAGAUCAGAGGGGUACCUGACACAAUCACACCUGACGAACUCCCUCACUAUAUGAGAUGACUUGUGGCCUCCAUACUACUCCCAAAUCACACCAAGAAAUUUACCAUAGAUGGUGUCUACCGACUACCAGCAUGAGAUGACUUGUGGCCUCCAUACUACUCCCAAAUCACACCAAGAAAUUUACCAUAGAUGGUGUCUACCGACUACCAGCAUCAGCCAGAGCUACUUCUAAUGUGCUACGGGAUGUGAUCAUCAGAUGUUCCACAUCACAGGAUAAAAGACUCCUGAUGUCCAAUGGAGAAGAUCCCUGAAUACAGUAACAAGCCACCUGAGAACAGCCAGUGUGGAAUACCAAUGGAGAUCACCCAGGUUCCUAGUGGCCACUCACAAUGGGACUGUACAUAAAAUCUUCUCACUAGCCGAGGCACCUACCUUCUUUAAAGCUCUGGGUAUUCCGACCCCGAAGAUCCCUCCAGACGGACACCCCGAAUCGAAUAGACAGAACGCUAGAAUUGCUGCACCUUCUACAUCAAAGGAUCAUCCAACCCUACAUCCAGAAACCUGACUACACAGAGGGACUUAACGCCAUCCUGCAGCUCGAACUCUUAUGUUAUGUCAUAUUUGUUUUUGUUAAUCUUUUUACAAUUUUUCUUAUAAGUUUAAUUGGUUGACACAUAAACAGAGUGCGCUCACCUUAAGAACGCGCUCCAGCAUCCAAAUGAUAGUCCAAACACUAAGAGGUGAUACCACACACAUAUUACCACUCAAACUAACUUCCCCCCAUCUCAUCCCCUCUCUACCACUUUGGUUAGGGGCACACCUGGAAGAUGGCCUGACACUUUCACCCUUAUUGGGAUACACUUCUGUCCCUAGCCACCAUAGGGUCGAUCUCCCUAUGCAUUUAGUACCCUCUUGAAUAAAUGUCGAUGUUUAAGUUACUACUGCUGCAACACAUACCUCUAUCCUGUCAAAUGAAGACGCAUGUUUCUCAUCUUAUGUGCAAACCCUCCUCUUUAUUUCUGCAUCCCACUGUGCAUUGAUAUGACAACAAAAACAUUUCAAUAAAAAGAGAUUGACAAAAAAAAUAGUUUUAUCACGUUUUGACAACUUACUGCUGCUAUUUUCUGGGGAAUUAUUUUAUUUUAUUGUUUAUGUAUGUUUUAUUGAACAAUUGGUCCCUGAAGUAGUCCAACAAUCAGUGGAACGCGUAGGACCGCACUAUUUUAUUUAUCUUAUUUAUAUUUUUAUUCAUAUAUUGGAGUUUUUGGAUACCCGAGUCCUGCUUAUCAUUGCUGCUGUGGAGACAGCAGCCAGGAGUGGAGGUGUAACUGGACACCCCCCCAUACAUCUAAGGGGGGGCACCCAAAAGCCAUAUAUUCUGUAAGUGUAUUUCUGACAGUGCAGUUUGUCUUAUUCUAUACUGUAUUACACUAUGUUGGGAUUCUUUUUGCAGUUCCACAGGUGCAUCCCCUACAUAUUUUGUAUCUCUGUUUGACAAGCUACCUGGGUCCCUCCAAGCAUCUGUUGCAUAUGGUCAUCUCGAACAGGAGAAACCGGAUUGCUCUACAGUGCAAAGCGAGCCAAAGCAGGACUGCGCUCAUUAGCACUUAGAGCACUUAGCUGACAUCUCAGCCAAUAAUCGUGGUCCUGCUUUGAUGUAAGUAUUGUCAAAUGACUUCCUCUCCUGUGGAAGACCGGAUGGAGCAUGGGAAUCUGGCAGGACUCCUGUAAGUUGCCAAAUCAUGCUAAGAUAGACACCAGAGCAGUACCGGCACUAUAGCGGGCUGUAGUUGUUAUGGUUCAUGUUCCUUUAAUUACACAUUUUUGAUGAAGAAAAGUUAAAAUGUUAGGUCAGUCUUGUCUGAAAACCUAGCUUAUUCAGAGAAUGUAAGCUUAAACGUCAUUUUAAAUUUUAUUAAAAUUUCUGACAAUUCAUACAUUUAGUGAAAAACUCUGACUAGUAUGUUUGUUAGAAAUGCUCAAUAAAAGGGGCAAAUAACAAAAAUGUGACAUUUCAUAAUACAAUCAGUCUAAUACACUAAGCGACUAAAUUAAAUAAAAAAUCCAUGAAUUUGCCACAACAUUUUUAAUAAGGUAUUUAAUUAAAUUAAAAAAAAUAGGACCGUAUUCUUAGCGGUUUAACCUACUACUCAAUGGUCCUUCCUCUUACUAAUGUGUGGCAGAUGAGGGAAGAGUUAGUCCCAUUAAAUCAGGAAAUAUAUUUAAUUUAUAUAUAGUGUAGCAGGUGGAUCAGCAUAUUUAUUUUUUGGAAAAUCUUUUUAUUGAGGAGUAUGCAUAUUCAUCAACAGUAACAAAGCAAGACACGCAGGUCUAUGUAUGUAAGUAAAACAAUACAAACCGAGCAUAAGUAUGUUAUAACUAAGUUGUCACUAUCAAAUUGGUCGUGAUAGAGAUUAUACUUGCCAAUAGGGUAACUAAACCCAUCCGCCCGUUAGUUUAAAUUCAGCAGGGUAUCAUAAAUGAACAUGGGAGACCUUAUAUACCAAGCUACACCUCUUGUUAUAUUCAUGAUUGGCGAGUACUGCACAUAGAAAAAGUAUUUCCGGAGUUACUUCUGCCGUGCAUAUCCCGGUAUAUGAAGUUGUUGUAGAAAACGCCUAUAUAUAUUUCCCAUCUCUCAGAUGAGGCAUUUGUUAUGAAGCCGGUUAGCAUUAAUGAUACCUGUGCUUAACUCUAAGUACGGUGAGUGUAGCAACACGCUACGUGAUGGGUACCCCGAUCACUAGGCCAACGUGGAAUCUGACCUAUCGAUUUUCCCAUCGACCGUAACUCUAGGCUGAGCUCGUGCGGCGACCAUGUGCCCCUGUAUCUGAGAAAAGGCGCUUGGGGCUUCCCCCUCCUGUGUAUCAUGAGAGAAGUGUCCAAGUGCUGUGUGAUGAGGGUGCUACUACUGUGCAGGGGUGAAAGGAGUCACGAGUCUAUCUGGGGUGUUCGUCAUGUAACUCGUCAGAUGUCCAUCUCACCUGAUAUCCAAGUGCCUGCUAUCUACAAUGAAAUGUCCUUAAUCAUGUUACAUCAGCUGGUGUAAUGUCCAGGUCUCCUUGUGACUCUCCCGGUGUAAGGUGGGAUCAGCAUAUUUAAUGCAAAUUUAAUUUCUCCUAAAUUGGUUUAUUUACUGUUAAUAUUUAUCACUUUAUUUUGUUUUGUUUAUUUUUUUUUUGAGGUCUUGUAUCCAGGAAUAGACAGUUGUUGCCAAAAAAGAAUGAUUCUCUUAAGGUUAGCAGUAGUUGGAGUCAAGGCCAAUCGGUGCAAUAAUAUUCUUGAAAUGCCAGAUAUAACACUUGUAUUCAGAUAAGAAAUGCAGAAACUGCAGCAAAUUGCACUCUAAUACUUUGUUGUAAAACAUACUCCACUCAAAGUUGGCUGGCAAUAACCCUGUAACACCUUGUUACUACCCCCAGCUGAUCCUAUUCUAUAACAUAUGCAGGAAGUUCAGUGUUCCAGGAUGGAGGAAUGGGUCUGCUUCUUAACAUUUUAUAUAAUUGUUAUUUAUAUUAGGGAAUACAAUCAAACGGAUUUAAAAAAAAAAUAACAUUUUAAUUUUGUUGCCAAAAUAGAUAACUUUUUUAAAUCUUACAUUCCAAACCCUUACACAGCAUUUAAUGACUCAAACUGCCCUUAGCCAAUGUUUUUUUCCAAUUAUUCAUGAUGGGCUGCCCUGGUUGAAAGCCAGAAGCUGCAGUUAUAAAACAGGGGACCUCCUUACCCCAUAACCUUAUAGCUGCAGUUAUAAUACACUGUGUGCGGGGAGACAGGGGACCUCUUUACACCAUAACCUUAUAGCUGCAGUUAUAAUACACUGUGUGCAGGGAGACAGGUGAUCUCUUAAACACCAUAACUUUUUAGCUGCAGUUAUAAUACACUGUGUGCAGGGAGACAGGGGACCUCCUUACACCAUAACCUUAUAGCUGCAGUUAUAAUACACUGUGUGCGGGGAGACAGGGGACCUCCUUACACAACAACCUUAUAGCUGCAGUUAUAAUACACUGUGUGCGGGGAGACAGGGGACCUCCUUACACAACAACCUUAUAGCUGCAGUUAUAAUACACUGUGUGCGGGGAGACAGGGGACCUCUUUACACCAUAACCUUAUAGCUGCAGUUAUAAUACACUGUGUGCAGGGAGACAGGUGAUCUCUUAAACACCAUAACUUUUUAGCUGCAGUUAUAAUACACUGUGUGCAGGGAGACAGGGGACCUCCUUACACCAUAACCUUAUAGCUGCAGUUAUAAUACACUGUGUGCGGGGAGACAGGGGACCUCCUUACACCAUAACCUUAUAGCUGCAGUUAUAAUACACUGUGUGCGGGGAGACAGGGGACCUCCUUACACCAUAACCUUAUAGCUGCAGUUAUAAUACACUGUGUGCGGGGAGACAGGGGACCUCCUUACACUAUAACCUUAUCGCUGCAAUUAUAAUACACUGUGUGCAGGGAGACAGGGGACCUCCUUACACAAUAACCUUAUAGUUGCAGUUAUAAUACACUGUGUGCGGGGAGACAGGGGAUCUCCUUACACCAUAACCUAUAGCUGCAGUUAUAACACGCUGUGUGUGGGGAGACAGGGAACCUCUUCACACCAUAACCUUUUAGCUGCAGUUAUAAUACACUGUGUGCAGGGAGACAGGGGACCUCCUUACACCAUAACCUUAUAGCUGCAGUUAUAAUACACUGUGUGCAGGGAGACAGGGGACCUCCUUACACCAUAACCUUAUAGCUGCAGUUAUAAUACACUGUGUGCAGGGAGACAGGGGGCCUCCUUACACCAUAACAUUAUAGCUGCAGUUAUAAUACACUGUGUGUGGGGAGACAGGGUAUCUCCUUACUCCAUAACCUUUUAGCUGCAGUUAUAAUACACUGUGUGCGGGGAGACAGGGACCUCCUUACACCAUAACCUUAUAGCUGUAGUUAUAAUACACUGUGUGCGGGGAGACAGGGGACCUCCUUACACAACAACCUUAUAGCUACAGAUAUAAUACACAGUGUGCAGGGAGACAGGGGACCUCCUUACACCAUAACCUUAUAGCUGCAGUUAUAAUACACUGUGUGCGGGGAGACAGGCUACCUCCUUACACCAUAACCUUAUAGCUGCAGUUAUAAUACACAGUGUGCAGGAAGACAGUGAACAUCCUCACACCAUUACCUUAUAGCUGCAGUUAUAAUACACUGUGUGCAGGGAGACAGGGAACAUCCUCACACCAUAACCUUAUAGCUGCAGUCUGAGUCUGCACAACUAGUUCCAUGAAUAUCUCUGCAGAACCAAGCCAUUUCCAUACACUGUCUGUCACCACAAACUCUUUAUACCAGAAUAUUUAUAGCCACACCAUCCGUGACAAGCACUGUAAGAGAUAAGGCGUGAACUGUGACUUACGGCCAUAAACUGUCCCCAUCCACCUGGGAGCUCCUUUUGGUAAUGACACUAUAACUGGAUGAGAACCUCCGGUGACAUUGUGUCAGUAACAGCCGUGGGAGGAGGGAUCCAGAUGCAGAGUAUAGUGUUUGUAUAUCUAUGUGUUAAAGGGACACUAUAGGCUCUCAGAUCACUUCCUCUCAUUGAGGUAGUCUGGUUCAGUGACCCUGCAAUGUAAAACGUUGUUUCACACAGAAUGCAAUGUUUAUAUUGCUCUGUAUUCUAGUGGCUGUCUUGCAAGCCUUGCAUGAGGAAGUCCAGCGUGUUUAAAAUCCCCAAAGGAAAGUACUGAUUCAAUAAUUCCCUAUAGGGAAGGUCUAAUGUGCGUGCCAUCCGCCGCAUAUGCACAUUAGGUUCCUCCAUCAAUGUUCUAGCGAAAGAUUAUGGACACAAUUCCUUGUAAAUAAAUAUAUAUUUGGGAAUAGCUUAAUUAACUCUUAAAGAAAGAUUUUUUUUAUCAAAAUGUAACAGUUUAGGAAAUAUUGAAUCAAUAUGGCUUUUGAUUAAAUUUGUGUGAAAUAAUAUAUUUAAAGGCUCAAACUAAAUGUAUUGCUUUAUUUUUCUACUAUAUUCCCUCCUGUCCUCCACACCCAUACAGAAACAUAGAAUGUGACGGCAGAUAAGAACCAUCCAGCCCAUCUAGUCUGCCCAAUUUUUUAAAAUACUUUCAUUAAUCCCUGGCCUUAUCUUAUAGUUAGGAUAGAUAUACCACAUGUGACAGAAACACCUUAUUGGGAAAAAGGAGAGAAUAAGGGUAAAAAUAUAUAUACUGUUACCCUAAUAUAGUGUUUGCUUGUAGACAAGGGCUCCUCCUAGCCCUCAGAAACAGAAUUCAAAGUACCAACACACAGGUAGCUACAAUGCAAAAAAAGAGAGAACGAUUGUCUCUCCUAUAUGCUGGAAAUCCGAAUACGAGGAUAUUCUUCAUAUUAUUUGAUAUUUUUCCAUUUUUAUUAUGUUUUAGAUACGGCAAUAUUGCCCUGUGUUUUUCUCUUUUUUUUUGCUUUGUAGCUACCUGUGUGUUGGUACUUUAUCUUAUAGUUAGGAUAGCCUUAUGCCUAUCCCACGCAUGCUUAAACUCCUUUACUGUAUUAACCUCUACCACUUCAGCUGGAAGGCUAUUCCAUGCAUCCACUACCCUCUCAGUAAAGUAAUACUUCCUGAUAUUCUUUUUAAACCUUUGUCCCUCUAAUUUAAGACUAUGUCCUCUUGUUGUGGUAGUCUCCUCCUUUACUGUGGUUACAUAUUAAUACUAUUUGUUCUCAUGUGGAUAGUAAUGACUAUUGUUUGCCUAAUGUACAUCCUACAUAAUCCACAGAUCUGUUUUACAAUUGGCUUUCAUGUACGGCCCCAGCUGUCACUAUUCUUCUUUCAACCAUUCAGUAAAAAUCCAUAGAAUAAUAGUGAAAUGUCCGAUUAAAAAUAUAAACCCAGCCGGUGUGGGAGCCUGGAGUGUCCCUUUAAUAAUAUAAACCGACGCGGUGUGUAAGCCUGAAGUGUCCCUUUAAUGAUAUAAACCCACCCGGUGUGGGAGCCUGGAGUGUCCCUUUAAUGAUAUAAACCCACCCGGUGUGGGAACCUGGAGUGUCCCUUUCAUAAUAUAAACCCAGCUGGUGUGGGAGCCUGGAGUGCCCCUUUAAUGAUAUAAACCCACCCGGUGUAGAAGCCUGAAGUGUCCCUUUAAUGAUAUAAACCCACCCGGUGUGGGAGCCUGGAGUAUCCCUUUAAUUAUAUAAACGCACCCGGUGUGGGAGCCUGGAGUGUCCCUUUAAUGAUAUAAACCAACCCGGUGUAGAAGCCUGAAGGGUCCCUUUAAUAAUAUAAAGCCACGCGGUGUGUAAGCCUAGAGUGUCCCUUUAAUAAUAUAAACCCACGCGGUGUGUAAGCCUGGAGUGUCCCUUUAAUGAUAUAAACCCAGCUGGCGUGGGAGCCUGGAGUGUCCCUUUAAUAAUAUAAACCCACGUGGUGUGUAAGCCUGAAGUGUCCCUUUAAUGAUAUAAACCCACCCGGUGUGGGAGCCUGGAGUGUCCCUUUAAUGAUAUAAACCCACCCACUGUGGGAGCCUGGAGUGUCCCUUUCAUAAUAUAAACCCAGCUGAUGUGGGAGCCUGGAGUGUCCCUUUAAUGAUAUAAACCCACCCGGUGUGGGAACCUGAAGUAUCCCUUUCAUAAUAUAAACCCAGCUGGUGUGGGAGCCUGGAGUGUCCCUUUAAUGAUAUAAACCCACCCGGUGUAGAAGCCUGAAGUGUCCCUUUAAUGAUAUAAACCCACCCGGUGUGGAAGCCUGGAGUAUCCCUUUAAUUAUAUAAACCCACCCGGUGUGGGAGCCUGGAGUGUCCCUUUAAUGAUAUAAACCCACCCGGUGUAGAAGCCUGAAGGGUCCCUUUAAUAAUAUAAACCCACGCGGUGUGUUAGCCUGGAAUGAUAGAAACCCAGCCGGCGUGGGAGCCUGGAGUGUCCCUUUAAUGAUAUAAACCCAGCCGGUGUGGGAGCCUGGAGUGUCCCUUUUUCCGAAUGCUUUCUGAAUAAGCAAAACUCAGUUAAAAUAACCAAAUGUUAAACAUUUGCAAUUCUCUGAUGUACUAAAGGCCAAUCUUAUUGAAUCUCAGUUAUUUCAAGUGGGUUGUUUUAGAGCACAUCUCAAUCAGCACAUCUGGCUUUUGCUUCAAACACUCCAAGCACCAUUGCUAGUACAGUUGGUUGUAGUGGUGAUGGUGCCAUGAGCUCAGUUCUCUCAAGCAGGGGGCGCUCUCCUGCAUAGGCCAGGUUUAAUUCACAGGAAAGUUAUUGUUUCUCUUGCAGGAUAGAGCUUGGGCACCUGGGGAAAUCAGGCAAGUGGUCAAACUCUUUUAUAAAAUAUUUUAACAAAUUGCACUGGGUCGGCGCCAGGGCCGUUCUGGUGCCAAAACCACAUUAGUGGUCUGUAGUGGUUAUGGUGCAUGGAGUGUUCCUAUAAGAUCAGAAAUAUAUAAAAUGUAUCAAAUACCACCUAACGUACAGCACUGCAGAUAUGGCAGUAUAAUAAUAGUAAGAUUUUUGGGGGUAGUUUGAUAAAUUGAAUGCAAAUCCUGUAAUUCACACAAAAAAAAAUCUCACUACUAUUAUUAUACCGCCAUAUUCUGCAGAGCUGUACAUUAGGUGAACUAACAAACAAGACAAGCUGGACGUACAGGAAUAGAAAGUGCUACUCUAAAAUAACGCUUUGAAUUUCAUUAAUGGACAUAAUUGGUGUAAUUAACGCACAAUGUGAAUUUCUACCUUAGUGAUCUCUUCUCUAUGUAAAGGGCACAGGUAUUUGGAGACUAAGGUAAGUGUCAAUAAUUUGAAGAAUAUUUGUGGUAUGAAAAUGAUAUGGCACCAGGGGACACUUGGACAGCUGAAGUGGUUAUGGUUCCUAUAGUGCCUAUUUAAGGACAGUCAUUACAAUUCUACAUAAUUUCACAUUGGAAAUAGCUUGGAGAGCUACCAUGACACAAUGUAGCCAUCUGGGAGCGGAGUCUUGCAAGCGUCUCAAAACGCAAGGUACCAGCUGUGGCUUCUUGUGAGGUGUAUCCGAGGAGGUCGAAGAUACAAAGAAAAUUUCCUCUGAAAGAAAGCCUUGCAUGAUUAAUUGCAAAGUUAAUUAUCCCUCAUCCUCCUCCAGAGGUUUAAAACAAUUAGAAAGCUCUAACCAUUGGCACAAGGUGUUUAAUAGUGGCACAGACUUUAAAGGGGAUUUGUCAUCCCAAAUCUUUUUUUAGUUUGAUCACUUUUCAGUUACAUUAUUUGCAUUAAUUAGCUGCUUAAUUAACGUUAUAAUAGAAUGGUUUGGCAGUUUACCUCUUAGAAUUUAGUGUUUCCCAGAAUCCACCUGGGAGCAAUGUGUUCUAAAUCUACUAUUGUAAUAUUUCAUAAAGAAUUCAGCAACUUCAAGGGCAGCGCAAUCUUUUAAACUGUUAAUAGAUAUUAUUAUAAUUUAUAAACCGCCAACAGCUUCAGCAGCACAGAACAACAAUUAACAAUAUGUACAUUAACACAAGUCUGACAAGUUCAGAAGGGGUGAGGGCCCUAUUCCAACAAUCUCGCAGGUUGUGAUGUUUUUAUAUAUAUAUAUCCACAGCAGUGUUCUGUCCUCGCUGUACUGACUGGGCAUUAUAUAACAGCCCAUUCAACUGUCAGCCAUUUCAUAUUGGGGCUCGCACCUAGCUUCACACAGCGCUGAGUGCUCACUCCUAGCUUCACACAGCGCUGAGUGCUCACUCCUAGCUUCACACAGCGCUGAGUGCUCACUCCUAGCUUCACACAGCGCUGAGUGCUCACACCUAGCUUCACACAGCGCUGAGUGCUCACUCCUAUCUUCACACAGCGCUGAGGGCUCACUCCUAGCUUCACACAGCGCUGAGUGCUGACGCCUAGCUUCACACAGCGCUGAGUGCUCACUCCUAGCUUCACACAGCGCUGAGUGCUCACUCCUAGCUUCACACAGCGCUGAGUGCUCCCACCUAGCUUCACACAGCGCUGAGUGCUCACACCUAGCUUCACACAAUGCUGAGUGCUCACACCUAGCUUCACACAGUGCUGAGUGCUCACUCCUAGCUUCACACAGCGCUGAGUUCUAACACUAAUCCUCACUAAGUGGAAAUCCUUCACACUUAGCAUCACAUCACACCCUGAGGACCUUAAAGUGGAGGAAACCAGUAUAGAUCCCUAACAUUGGGAACGUUUGGCAGAUUAUCCUCUUAUGAAAUGGCCUUGCACAGUAGGUCACCACUGCAAACAUUCACUGAAUUGAAGAGCUUAGAUAAAUUGUGAUUUCAGUCUCUCCUACUAGUACACAAGGGAUUCGUUUAGAAGAAAAGGCUCUGAUGAAAUAUGUAAAUAAAUAGCAAUUAAUACAGUCAGUUAAAUUAUCUCGGAAGACUCGGGGGAAUGGUGUGUACCUGCCUCCACCAGCCAGCUGAGGCGUAUGUCCUUAUAUGGAAAAUACAGGCGAUACAGCAAGUGAGGAAAGUACAGGACAAAGGUUGGUCUCUCUGUCAGGAGAGACUCUGUACAGGUACAGGUGCACUCUGCAGGUCUGCUCUCCUCUCCUGACAGCUGGCCACACCUGACGCACAGGUAAGGUCUCUCCAUUCAACUCUCCCCUUCUCACCUGUGCAGGUGUACCUGGCUUUUAUAAACAGCAGAUAUUCUGGGCAACACAUAACCAUAUCAGUUUUAGAUAAACUCUGGUCUUUGCACAUGAAAUCUGCCUCAUUCCAUGUAUAUCCCUAUCCCCACUGUUCCAUCCAUUAGUAGUUGUACCAUUGCCAUGUUUUUCACUUGCUUAUCCCUAAAAUCCCUGUGCUAGCAUCGCCCGCAGAUCUCCUAGCUUCACACAAUGCUGAGUCCUCGCACCUAGCUUGUGUAAAGAGUUGUGGGAUAUAUUGACAAUAUGUAAAUGUUUUCUUGAAUGAUGUUUAACGUUUAAUUGGAACAUGUAUAAAUUAGAAACUUUCAAUAUGGCCACCUGCAAAUCAUGACUCAACACAGCCUACUUCUUCUGCACUGGCAUAGUCCCUCUCCUCUGUCUGCACCAACAUGCCUCUCCACAUCCUCUGUCUGCACCAACACAGCCUCUCUUCAUCCUCUGUCUGCAGCGACACGGACCGUCUCACUAUUCUCUGUCUGCACCAACACAGCCUCUCACCAUCCUCUUUCUGCACUGACACGGUCCCUCUCACCAUCCUCUGUCUGCACCGACACAGUCCUUCUCCCCAUCCUCUGUCUGCACUGACACAGAUUCUCUCACCAUCCUCUGUCUGCACCGACAUGGUCCUUCUCCCCAUCCUCUGUCUGCACUGACACAGACUCUCUCACCAUUCUCUGUCUGCACCGACACGGUCCCUUUCAUCAACCUCUGUCUGCACUGACACAAUCACUCUCACCAUCCACUCUAUGCACCGACACAGUCCCUCUCACCAACCUCCGUCUGCACCGACACAGUCCCUCUCACCAACCUCUGUCUGCACUGACACACUCUCCAUCCGCUGUCUGCACUGACACAGACACUCUCUCCAUCCUCUGUCUGCACCGACACGGACCCUCUUACCAACCUCUGUCUGCACCGACACGGUCCCUCUCACCAUCCUCUGUCUGCACCGACACAGUCCCUCUCACCAUCCUCUGUCUGCCACGACACGGAUCCUCUUACCAACCUCUGUCUGCACCAACACGGACCCUCUUACCAUCCUCUGUCUGCACCGACACGGUCCCUCUUACCAUCCUCUGUCUGCACCAACACGGACCCUCUUACCAUCCUCUGUCUGCACCGACACGGUCCCUCUUACCAACCUCUGUCUGCACUGACACAGACACUCUCUCCGUCCUCUGUUUGCACCGACAUUAACCCAUUGAGGAGACGAAGCUUAGUUCCAUUAAUUUGUUAUUGUUGUACAAUUCACUGCUUGUGCCAUUAAAUAAUUCAGACAGAUGGGCAGGAGAGCCCUGUCACCCUCCAGUGACAAGGAACACUGAUUCAUGCUUAAAGCUAAGCAUUAUGAUAAAUGCAGUCAAGGCAGAUAGUUUGUCUUUAGUCGUCUGUCCCUGUGGAUUAAUCAGUUGCACCCGAGAGUGCUUUCUUUCUCUUACAUAUUCUGUUCAUGUGCUGCUUACACACCUACUUUAGAGUCAUACAGAAUGUAUUCUAGAGAUGUAUCUUCAAUGUGUAAACAGUAUCUAUGAAACAGUAGACAAUGUUUAAUGCACCAUUUUCAAUCUGGGCCGGUUAUAUGAUUUUAAGACCCAUUUAAUGCUUAUAGAUAUGGUGAUGUCACCACACUCAGCUAAUCUGAGCUAAGGAGCAGAUCCCCCAUUUCUCCAGAGCUCCACUCCAGUAGGGAACCACACUCCCUUAAUACCCAUAGAACAAGGAUGGGGCAAGCUCACAGACGUAGACAGCAAGGGGACUUUAUUUGUGCACACAGUCACCACAAAUACAAUGUUUGGCCCCUUUGGGUUUAGUCUUCUAAGGCUUUUACAGCUAAAGGUACAAUUAAUAUUUAUGAGGACAAAUGGUGGGAUUGUAAAUAUUGUGGCCAAAAAGUUCUUCUACUGAUAUGAGGAUUCCCGUAGAUUACCAGAACAUAAAAAUGGACCUUAAUUGGCUCCCGCUGGCACCCCCUCCUGGUAACACAUUGAUUUAGAAAACAUUUUGGGGUUCUUGUCUCCUUUUGUUUAAUUUAAUAAUCUCCAUUCUCCACUAGUAACUAUGUUGCAAAAUUCUUGCUUUUACCAAUAAUCAGAAACAAUGUUUUAACAAGUUGCGGCCAAGUUGUUCAACCUUUUCCUUUUUGUUUUGACCGUCCAAGCUAUAUGCCCAACGUCGAGACCUACAGUCCAGGGCUGAUUAGAAUGCCUGUACAUGUGCUUAUUGAAGCCUUUGAUGUCCUGCUUCGUAGAGGACACAUCUGCAAUGCGCUGGGCGUAGCCAUGAGUGCGAACUCUCAAGUCUCCGCCAUAGCCUUGGUUUUUAUAUUCCUGAGCUCGGUAUGAGUUGUGUGAUCACAAAAUGUAAAAAUGUGGCCUUCGUGGCCCAUAUGGCGGUUGGUUAUUGCGCAUUACCCAAGGGUGUUAAAUGGGGUGGGAUAAAGGGUAUAAAGCAAUAGGGAAACAUUUUUGGGGGUGUGGGGGAGAGGGAGUGGGGAGGGGGGAGGUAGAAUGGCUGCCAGUAAGUAUGUUGUGAUCUGUGGUUCACAGCAAUGGAUUAACAAGCUAUAUAAAUUUAUGCAUUUACAGUACUCGGAGCAAAGGUCAUCAUAUAUCAUAAUGUGGUUAAUCAGUAUAUACACAGCCAAGAUCAUUAACAUUUAUCAGGCUCAGAGUAACUCUGUAAUCAGGAAACAUCCAGACACAUACAAUGCAUAGAUACACAUUCUAAAUAAUAACUCACAAUAAUUUAAAACAAACCCGCAUACAAUACAGUUCUGUUAUUACAGGGAGAUUACACUAAGAAAAUCAAUAAUGCAAUAUUUAGUAAAUUAAACUUUAUCUACAUCAGUCAUGCUGCAGUAUAGAAUUCCAUAAAUCGAUCUUUUUCUGUUUUUAUUUGCUGUACUGGUGGAGACUAACUGAGGGUAUUCUCUCCAGCAUUUUCGCCUUGAUAAAUUUGCCCCCAGUAGUUGCAUCAAAAUUUGUUUAUGCAGCAAAACAUAGAACGUAUGUUAUGGGCAUUUGGUGUAGCUGUGCAUAAAUCCUUCUGUCUCCUGAUUCCUGCACCUGUCAGCCACUCAGCUAUAUUAUAAAGAUAUUAACCUUUAUAGGCUGCAGUGUUUGCUCAGCAACAGGACCGCUUUAGCUAGUUGCUGAAGUGGUUGCAUGCCAGAUGAUGUAGUCCAGUGAUGGCUAUCCUUGACACCAUAAAUUGUUUCUGGACUAUAUUUCACAUGAUGCUCAGCUAGCUUUUAGACUCUAAAGGGUAGGGUCGCAUUCAGUCACAACAAUUCAACACAGGGUGCUACUGAGCAUGGGUCAGCAAAAAAAACCCAAGGAAUAUGUACAAAUAGAAAAAUCCCAGGCACUCACUGCGAUUGUUUCCAGGCAGAUUUAUUUAUCAAACUUAAAUUUUUCUAUUUCGAAAACCUUGCUGAGCAUCAUGGGAAAUGUAGUCCAGAAACAAUUUGUGGAAUCAAGGUUAGCCAUCACUGAUGUAGUCCAUUCUCUAUGCUGCCAUCUGCUGGCAGUAACCUGAAAAGUAUUUUUAAUAUUGCCAUUUUGCACCCCCCUCCCCCCCCUUACAGAUCUCAGAUGUGAGUAACAAUUUGUGGUUUGCACCUCUCUAGCUCUAAACCUGUGUUGUUAAAGAAGCACUUGUUUUUUUUUUCUAUAAUUUUGUUUAUUAAGUGCAGUGUAAAAUGAAAUGUAUUAUUUGUGGCUUUUGGCUGUCCAACUCCUCAAAAUGCCAGUGUCAAGGUCUUUAUAUAACUAAUAUGAUGUUAUUACUAUUAUUAAAUCUCAGUUUUAUUCAAAAUGCAGCUUUGGUUUUGUUUAAACUGUCUGAGGUGUGAAAGAAAUUCAGAAAGUCAUUUGUUGAACGCUGCAUUUAAAAAAGUGAAUAUAUUUAAUUGUAUCAAUAUUUCCAAAUAACAAUAAUAAUACUAAUACUAAUAAUAAUAAUAAAGUAUUUAACUAGGAAAGGUACUGUCAGAUUACUCAAGCACGUCAAUCAUUAUUCCACAUUUUCAAAUUAAGACGGUUUUGAUGAAACUGGUGGAAUUUAAAUGACUUGACGUUCUGACCCUGUAGGAGUCUUUGUCAAAUAAUUUUCAGAAUCUGACAGUUCAUUGCUCUAUAAACUGUUCCACAAUUAACUAAGAUUAUAUGAAAUAAUCAAGCCAAUUUAUAGGAAGGUCGCUUUAGAAUUAGAAUCUAGAAGUGUUUCUUGGGGAGCGGUAAAAAGAUGCUAUGACAAGCCAACUCUUACGGCCUUCAACCAAUAAAAUCCUCAUUCAGCCAUUCAUUUAAAAAAAUGUUUAGAAAACAAAAAUGGAAAAAAAAGAAAUUAUGAUUUAACAUAAAUGAUUUUUUUCUUUAAUGAUUAACCAUUUUUAUUACAUUUUGUGUUUGACCGUGAAUUUAGAGAAUUUGGCUGCCCGGGGUAAUUUGUAUUGUAUUAUAAGAGAUUUCUCAGAUCCGUGCUAAAUAAUUCUGCCAACCUUAUAAAGGACCUUUAAACAACAGUUUAUUUCAGAUGUUCUUUGCUUUUGAGGUUUCUGAAGAAAUUUGAUAAAUGUUUAAAGAUCCAUAUAAUUUCUUGCCACGUGGAAUUUGCACGUAUUGUCCAAUAUAAAGCAGACAAGGGGUUGUGCCCACUCAUAAUGCACAGUGAUUCCUACUCCAAUAAGAAACACCAGGGAUUCACAUUUUGAUUUGAUUUCCUUUGAGAACAGAAUUGGGAAAUGACCAGAUCCCGGGUAUGGGGUUGGCAAGCUCUGGCACAAUGUAUCCGAGAGUUGACUGGCUGCAUGAAAUACACAAUAAAUAUUAACCUUGGUUUUUUAUAUUAAUAUCUAUUUUUGUUAUGUGUUUUGCGUGUGCAGCUGUAAGUAAUAUCUAUCCAGUGUAGGUCAAGACAUGAAUUAAAGUCUGACUCCCAGCAGCCUGCUGUAGGGACUAUGAUACCGGAGUACCCUAACCAAUUCCCAAGUAUUGUGUAAACUGUUUAGCAAUGAUUUGUCCUUUUAUCUGGGUCUCACCCGGGCUACGAGGCUCCGGUCCCCUCGGUGGCUUCUGCAGUGGCUUCUGGAAGUCAGUCCAGUUGCUAUUUGUUGGCUGAGAGCAUCAGCUGACCGCUUUCAGACAAUGUAUGAUACACUGUGCAUGGAGAUUUUUACAAAAUUGACAUUAGCCUGCCCUAAUAACACUACUGAAGCAUGAGAAGUGUUAAAUUCAGUAUAAACAGCAUUUGAAAGUCAUCAAUCAAAUUACACAAAUGUGAUCGUUAAUUGAAAUUAUAACUAGGAAGAGAAGCCCACAAUGAUAACUAGUACCUACUUAUAUUUUACAAAACAUUGUAUACAGGACACGUUACAAAAAAAACCUAAACAGAAUAAAGAGACGUACAUUUUAUUAUACGAAAUAAAACGGGAAAAACAAUAAGAGUUCAACCGAUACACGAUGCAGUGCUUUCAUAUUUAUUUAUUUUUUAACCAAGUUAUUAAAUAUAAUAUGGACACACUUUUCACAAUUCUCUUACAACAUUUGCAUACUUUAGGGGGCCACGCAAUGUAGAAAACAUGCUAAUCAUCUGAUGCUCUCAAACCUUCUAUGCAGCACAAAACAUGUGAGUAAAUGAAUGCUUCUAUUUUCACAGAUGGGGAACAAUAGUGCCCCUCUCCACAGUAAAGGACUGUUUUUCUAUAUACCGAACGUUCUAACAAAAUCUAAAUUUCCCCAAGAGAAAUAAUUGCUUUCGUUAAGUGGAUUGUUUACAAAUUCCUAGAAUUGUUUCUUUUGGGCUUUUUGAAUAAACACUGAAAGGCCGCCAAUUCUUUCGUAAGUGUUUCUAAGCUUUAGUUCUGAGGCUUAUUCAAUAAAAGUGAGUCACAUCAUGAAUAGAUAACAGCAACAUUUAUUAUCAAAUUAGCAGCGAUUAUUUCCAUUUCAAUGAUUUUGGCCCAUAUUUUGCACGUGUUUAUCUUCCAAUUACUGUCAAGUGAACAGACCACUGACUUGCGAAAAACAUUUUUUACUUAUUAGAAAAUCUGCUCAUUCAUUUCAUGGAAGAAAAAAUAAUGACUUGCUAUUCAAUAUAACAGGCUGACUAUCUAGAUUGUAUCAACUUCAGAAACCUUUUCUGAUUGGCUCUUAAAGUUGGACAAUUCCAAUCAGAUGUUCCUAAUGUUUCUACUGUAUCUUGAAAAAAACAAAUUAGCCAGCAGUGGGCAAAGAAUCCUGCAUUAUUAAACACAAAUCAGUAAAGUAAAAAAAACAACAACUAAAUAUUGGGGUCCCUAAGAGGUCGGCUAAAUCUUCAUGCAUGGAAGAUUGGGGGAGUUGAAAACAUGACCCCUGUCACCCUCUCAACAAGUGUGGACCAGUUGCAUUCGUCCUUCCAUUCCCACUUCAUAUGAGUUGGGUUAUGUGUUACUUGUAACUAGCAGGGGCUGUCUGGACCCCCCUAUUCCUUUCACUGCUGUAUGUAUAAUAGCUACAAGACUUGGGCAAAAUAAUUUGGUUCAUUCGAAUUGAUUUUAAAGUGAGAAGAAGCAAUUAAUAGAGGGAAGAAAAGGAGCGGCAUAAAAAUAUGAUAUUUAUAUAUUAUAUACUUAUUACACAUAUAGAAAUUUUGUCUAUCUAUUUGUCUCUCUAUCGGUCGCCUCUCUCUUGAUCUAUGAAUAAAAUUAACAUUUAUUGCCUGUCUGUAUCCAAUCAAUCAUUUAUUUUUUUAACUCCACGGACAAAACUCAUAAUCACAACGCAAUUGGUUCAUUCAUCCACGUUUCAUUUGUUUCAAGAUCUGUUCAUAUGGCGAUUCGGAGUUACAGAAUUUGGACGAUUCGUCAAUCAUCCAAAAUUCAGACAAACUGCGAUAUGUUUAAUAGAAUGCACUAGUUCAAUAACAAAAACUGGUGUAUAUUAUAAAAUAUGUACAGGGGGCUUUUAAUGUUGGACACUCUGUUUUAUGAUCAAACUUAUGAUAAUACGGUCUUGGUCUCAAUACUAUGAUCAAUUAAUGUCACAGCUCUCCUCUAUCAAAUAAGAUUCCAGAUCCUGAGGGCUUCUCACCCUAAACACGAUCUCCCUGUCCCCCAUUAGACUGCCAAGGGUGCCAUUCCUGCACUAUUAGUGUUAACUGCUCUCCUGCCACCUCCCAAAUUAUUAGAAUGUCAGGGUAAUGGUCAGUCCUUGUGAUAUAAACGUCCCAAUAAUACAAAGUUCCUAUGCCCCAUACUUUUAUAUGUAUUUGGGGUUAAGUGAUGUCUUCCAUAAAUAUCUAUAUAAAAAUAAAAUUCAGUUAAUUUAACCAAUCCAGCAUUGCCUUAAUAUAGUGUCUAUUGAGCUGCAUUAACACACAAUGUGUUAAUUAAAUGAACUACUUCAAAUCAGGAUCUCAUUCUGGAUUAAUUUUAUACUGCUGAAUAAAUAAUGUAUGAACCUAUAUUAUCAAAACAUUAAAAUAAAAAUAAACUAAACUCAAGACAGGUUAACAAUAUUAAACCAAUACUGCAGAAAUCAUUAAUAAUAAUAAAAAAAAAUGAACAUUGAGGUUGGAAGGGAUCCAUGUUUUUUCAGUUGCAUUAUAAUUUUACCUUAAAAUAAUAAUAAGUUCCUGCGUUUUCUGUAUAUCCCCAGGCUUUGCAGCAUCUGCAUGGAGCUCUCCACAAAUCAGGAGUCGACUCCUCCAAUCAGGAGGUUUUCAUUCUGUUAAACUAAGUUUCAACCACUCCCAUUAUUCUAACCCAGCGUAGGUUUUUAAGCACAUGACAUAAAUUUUAUUAAUCACAUAAGAUUAAUCUGAUGCUGAAACGUGAUUGAAGCAGUUGAAACAUGCUGACAGCUUUGUUAAGAAAGCCAAACAGUGUGAUUGGCUGAUCUUCCAGACAUGCAUGCACGCAGUCGCAUUUCGCAGAGUUUGGCAUGGCAGGUAGCGACUUAAGUUUUGUGAAUUUAGCCAUAGUAGGAAAUACUGCUUUCUAUUCUGAUAUCAGCUAAAUAGUUAUAUAGUUAUAAGCAUUUACCUGCAUGGAAACAAGGUCAGAAGAUCUCACAUCCACAACCCACACAAAGAGACACAAGUUGUUAUGGUGCUUGGAAGUCUCUCUUAUAACAAUAUGUUUAUUUUAUAUCCAUAUAAAUAAUAAAAAGUCCUCUCAGGAGAAAAUAAAUACUUUAAAUUAAAAUAACUCAAUUUUCCACUAUGAAACAAUUUGUUAGUGCGAGUGAUAUUUCCUUAAUAUUCUGGUGAUACCAAAACACAUAUUUUAUUGCAAGGUCAUAUUUUGCUACAGUCUACCAAAUCAGACACAGGGGGCAUGACCUCACGGCAAAUGGGGCCAAUAUGCUGGGUAACCAGACGUAAUGGCGGGAUGGCUGGAAUGGUGAAGAGGUAAUUUUCCAAGCUGGAUUUUGUGUGGUCUCUCAAACCCACAUGGUCAAGGUCAAGAUCUGACCUUAAUGAUUCAGUUUUAUUCUACACUCAGUGUUUGUGUUAUCUGAAGAAUGUCAUGUUAUCAAUCAUUGAUACAAGUUGCUCUUUGACCUGGUUAAUGUCGGGGUGUGACAUGUUAUGUAAUGACUGCUAAUUAUGUGAUUUUUUUGAUCCUGUUCCAUCUGAAACAGCCUGAGUCUUUUAUAGACAGCAAUUUUUGGGGACAGAAGAACCAGUACGUGGCUGGCUGCGGCUAUGUUGGUCAAACACAAAUAACACAUUUACCUCUCUCUUUCCUUUCUAAGUUUCUGGGGAACAAUAAUCUUUUGGAUUUGCCAAUAUGCCUGAACUCACAGAAAAAGUCACAAAAUCUCUGAAUAAGACCACCCCAGGACUGCAAAUAUGGAGGAUCGAGGUACAUAAUGUGUAUGUCUUGUGUGUUAGCUGUAUGGCGCAUGGAAGAAUCACUUGCUAACACUUGCUUUACACUCUGUAAAAUGUGUAGAAUGCGUCGUAAACAUUUCCGGACUAUCUGUUUUCAGAGUAUGGAUAUGGUUCCUGUACCAGAGAAAACCUUUGGGAAUUUUUUCGAUGGAGAUUGUUAUGUUCUCCUGAAGGUAUGUUCAUUCUGUCUGUUUAUCUGCUCUGUCUAUCGAUCUAUCUAGUCUGUCUAUGUAUAUCUACUUUGUGCCACAUUCAAUACUAUAAAUUUCUUCCUUCUUUUUUUUUGUUUUUUUUCCUUUCGACUCUAUAACCAGUAAGUAGACAGACAAUGUACCACUGACUCUAUUUCCAAUUGGUUUACAGACCCAUAAAACUGGGAAUAAUUUCACCUAUGAUAUCCAUUUCUGGGUUGGGAACAAUUCCUCAAUGGACGAGCAAGGAGCGGCCGCCAUUUAUACCAUCCAAAUGGAUGACCACCUUGGGGGUGUGGCCGUCCAACAUCGAGAAGCUCAGGGCCACGAGAGUGACACUUUCAAAGGCUACUUCAAACAGGGUAUUGUGUAUGUAUCAUAUAUGGAGUGUGUUGGCUAUCGCUGUGACUGGAAUGACAUUCGAUAGAUCUAACUCUACAUUUCACCCUACAAAACCAUGAAAAAGUAAAGUCGACAAUAAAGCGAAGCGAAGACGAAACCAAAAAAAUUUCAAUUUUCUAUUAUGAAUUUUUUUUACACUUGAACAGAUACCUGUGUUAGCUCUUAAAUAAAUAAUUAGAAAAAAAAAAUACAAAACAAACAAAACACUGCAAUAAGACAUGGCGUGUUAGAAAGGACACGUGGUGUGCAGCAGUUUCAGAUUAUGUCAUUGUUCCUGGUUUUUGUUUGUUUUGCUUGCAAAUCGAUUAUUAUGAAUCUAUUUUAGUCUAUUUUAUUCUAUAUAUCAUUAUUAGUCUAUUUCAGUCUGUAUAUUAUUAUUAUUAGUCUAUUUUAGUCUGUAUAUUAUUAUUAUUAAUAGUAGUAGUAUUAUUAUUAGUAUUAUUUUUAUUAGUCUAUAUAUUAUUAUUAGUCUAUAUAUUUUUAUUAUUAUUAGUCUAUUUUUUUUUUUUAUAAAUAUCGUUUUAUUGAAAUGUUUGCAUGGUGAACAAUUCGCAGUUAGAUUAUGAGCAGUGCGAAACACGCAGGUUUCAAUCGUUUAGAGUCUCGUUUGAGAUCUUGAGAUGUGCAGAUCUCUGAGGAUGCAACAGUAGUUGAGACUCGCAGGUCUCCGGGCACAAUAAGUUUUUAUUUACGAAAUUCACAUAGCAUGUUGUAGAUUAAUUAAUUACAGUCUGUCAGGUACGUUAGCUAUGGUCAUGUGGUUUGAAAUCGCUCGUUCUGCGUUAUGAUAUUAUUUGUGAUUAUAGGUCCUAUCGUUCGCUUAUUCAUGCUGGUUGUAAGUGUCUCUCAGUCUUUAAUGUCGUUCGUCUGUAAUAGGUCUAGAUUGUGAGUAAUGGGAGGGGUGGGGUGGGGGGUCGGUAAGCAUGUUGUGUCUUUCAGCUACCCUCUUCCCGCCUGUAUCUUCUAUGGCCCCUUCUCAAGAUGCCGAUUGGCAUGUGUUUGGGGCUGCGGGGGGGUGUCCUUGUGCUUAUGUGUGUUCCAGUCUAGGGUUUGAUCCCUAGGGUCAGUGUGUCUGUUAGUUCGUUCUAUGAGUUCCCCUUUCAGUCUCCUCCAUCAUCUAUAUGCAUUAAUGUUGUAAUGUUGCAGUGUCGCUGAGGUGGUUAAAGUGUGUUAUCUCCUUCCAGCGUGGUUCCUUCAACCCCUGGUUCUUGUUUAGUCUGCCCUCUGGCAGUGCAGAUUUCAUUUGUUACUAGUGUGAUUCUGCCACUCAGGGGGUCCUAGAGAGAUUCCCCGGGUACUGGUCUCAUCCGCAGGGGCUCUGAGGCAAGGUGGGGGUGUGGGAGGGCCGGAAGGGGGUGUUUUACUUGGUAUUAGUCUAUUUUUAAACAAAAUAGAGAUUGUCAGUUUCCAGUUUAGGAUUACUGAGUAAUAUUCAUAAACAUGGGCUUGUUUUAUAUAUUCAUUGUUAAUGAAAUUGUGUUUGUGGUAUUUAUCCUAAGGUGGAAUGCGGUACAUCAAGCAUGUCAAACUCAAAGUCUAGCCUGGACCACAUAAACAAAGUUUAAGUUUAUGUGGGCCGCACACACACAAAAAUCCGUACAUUUUCAUAGAACAACAUUGUUGUUUCAUGACUGCUGACUCCCAACAUCCCAUUGCGACCUCAACCCCCCUGUACAUAACCCAGCCCCCUGCACAAGACCCCUAAUCCCCCUGUACAUAACCUCUGCCCCCCUGCACAAGACCCCAACCCCCCUGCACAUAACCCUGCCCCCCUACCCAAGACCCCCAGCCCCCUGUACAUAACCCCAACCCCCCAUAAACCCUGUACAAGACCCCAACCCCCUGCACAUAACCUCUGCCCCUGCACAAGACCUCCAACCCCUGUACAUAACCCCACCCUGCACAACACCCCAACCCCUGCACAUAACCUCUGCCCCCUGCACAAGACCCCCAAUCCCCUAAAACCAACCCCCUGUACAUAACCUCUCCCCUGCACAAGACCCCAACCCCCUGUACAUAACCCUGCCCCCCUGCCCAAGACCCCAACUCCCUGUACAUAACCCCAGCCCCCUGUACAUAACCCCAUUACCUCUGUACAAGACCCCAUUCCCUGUUAAAAAAAAAAACAACAACAAAAAAAACAUCAACAAUAUUAGCAUUAAGACAUAUAUACUAACCUUGUGUAUCUGGUGUCCUGCGUCUGUAACCCCAGUGGUGCCGUCCGCAGCAUGUGACAGCCAAAACUCCUUGAAGGCGGAGCCUGUACACAUCACAUCAGGACGUGCCAUUGCGCACCUCUGUGCGCCUCUGCCUGCCUCCAUUCUUGCAUGGACCACCUCCGCCCGCCUACAUUUCCUCGUGGACCGCCCACCCCUGCCUGCUUUAUUUCCUCACUGCUGCCCGCGGGCCGUGAGUUUGACACCCAUGCGGUACAUGGUAUUUUUGACACUGAUUGGAGAUGGUAAAACAAGAUUUGUGUUGUUUAUAACCUGUUACUUUGUUUCCUUAAUCUUUAGUUAUAAGAGUGGCGGAGUUGCUUCUGGAAUGAAACAAGUGGAAACCAAUACAUAUAACAUCAAGCGUCUCCUACACGUCAAGGGAAAUAAGAAUGUUUUGGCCGGAGAGGUGAGCCUAAUCCUUCCCGAAUUGUUCUGUUGUGAGAGAUCCUUCCCUAUUUCUUCACAGAAUCAUUCUAUCAAUUUAACAUACAAAAAUUUUUUUCAAAGUUUGGUUUUGUGAAUGUUUAUUAUGUUCAUUUAAAUGUUUGAACAUAUUCGUUAACUCUGCUAAAAUAAUGAAUGUAAUGAAGUACUACGACAGAUAUAUAAGUAAUUUAAUGUUGGAAGAAAAUAUAACAUUAGAUCAGAUUUCUAUUUGAGUCAACAAACAGUUACCAUACAAAUGAAGUAUUACAUCUUAGAAUAUUUAGAUUUUUAAAUCCUAAAUGGCAAAGAAUUGAGCAAUGAGACUACAAAGGCAUGAUAUAUACUUCAUCAGAGGAAGUUAGGAUUACAAACCUGUAUUCCUAUCGCUAUAGUGAGCCACUAUCUAAAUAGAUUCCCCCCCAUCUCCCUAGUUUACCAUAAAAAUAUAUUUUAAAAACCUUUUACUUCCCUUUUUUUUUUAGUGCUGAGACUCUCCACCUUCCACAAAGAGUCACCGAGGAGGCAUCACUGCCUUCAUCUGUGUUCCAAUGCAAUGCUCCUGAUUGAGAAGCACUGGGGAUCUGACAUGCAUGAGCGGCAAGUGCUUCUCAUCCUGUGAGUUGCAAUGAAACUUGAACCAGUUUUACUCGGUUAAUGCAGAGGAAGACAGUCACUAGAGAUGAGUUUUACCCUGCAAUGUAGGAAUUCCAUUUUCUAAAAAAUUGCAUUUUAAAAAAAUUUUUAGGGCUAAAUUUUCAGGACCACGGCACCAAGACCACUUCAUUAAGAUGAAGCGGUCUGGGUGACUUGAGUGGUCCUUUGAGCUAAAGUUGUUUUGGUGGUUAGAGCCUCCCUUUCAGUGAUCAUGAACCUAUGGUACUGAUCUUACACCUCUUACCGUUCCUAUUAAUGUAGCCGCUCAGCCUACCAGUGAUCUAACACAUGUUGUAUUUACGGUUUUAGGUUGCAGUUGAAUGGAGUAGUUUUAAUCGAGGAGAUGUUUUUCUCCUGGACCUGGGGAAAGCGAUAGUUCAGUGGAAUGGACCAGAAAGCAACAAAAUGGAAAGACUGAGGGUGAGUCGAAGCUUUUAUUUGUGGAUUGCAAGCGGGGCCGAAGGUUUCAUGGUAAAUGUAACCUUAAUGUGUGCUAACAUUCCAUAUUAAUAAUGAAAUGGAAAAAGUCGGAGCAGAUAUGGGCUUUGUAAAUCACAGGAUUCGGUUUGUGAUUGGGGCAGAUUGUGACCGGAGAUGCUCAAUAAUUAACACAUUGUAUAUACUAAACUAUUAAACAAACAGACAUUGGGGGAUUGAAUACAAAGUGUCCAAUCUGAGAUAAAUGUAUUUAAAUAUGUGUACAUAGUAAGAUAGAUGUAUAAAACCACUGGGUACAGAAUUAAACAGUUAUAGUUAUAUAAUUACAUAGAAUUAAAAAAUAAACUACAAAUAGUCCUUUCACCCUUUCCUCCUGUUAAUCCAAAAGAAAGUUAAAAUCCUAAACUGAAACGUUUUCGUUUGGCACUGUGAAGAGUUCAUUCCCGACUCCAAAGUGGCAGUCAGAUAUCUCAACGUACUAAUGCCCUGCAUUUUAGGGAUUAUAGCAAUGGAAGCUAUUUGCCAGAAAGGAUCAAUGUCUUUUUGUUUAUUUAUUUAUUUUUUUAGAAAGAUGUCUAUUGAAUCUGAUCAAACAACAUCUGUUGGCAAAUAAUUCCAAAGCUUUAUUGUUCAAACUAUUAGAAAGCCUUUUCCAUUUCGGUGGGCAAAAUCUUUUUUUCAACUCUCAGUGGAUGAUCUUUCUAUAAUUUUAUGGUCCUGUUAAUGAAAAUUGUCACAUUUCUCAUUUUAUCACCCUCUACGUCUCCUUUAUCACCUCUGUGAUGGACCACCUGGCACCCCGACUGGGUACCUCCGUCAAUCGCUGCUUCAUAGUAAUCCUUGAGUACCAUAAGCACUGCACCGGACACCAUAACCACCACAAACCGCCGCAGCUUGGUUGGGGUCUAGCUGUCCUCCACCCACCCUGGAACCAAGACCAGGAUCCAGCUUCCAGUGGGUAGACCUAUCCUAGUACAGAGAGCAAAGCAGUUUGCUGCCCUUACAGGAGCAAUUGUUGUACACCAAGGGAGUAAAGUAAUUAUAGCAAUCCCCAGAGUGAAUAUAGCUCUCCAAUCCCCCAAACAUGAGCCUAGACUUCAUGAAGGGUAAAGCUAAUCUCUUUAAUGGCAGCCACAACUGGCCUUAUAUGCAGGUCCCCAUGCAAGGGGCACUCCCCCCUGGACCUGAGAGUUGACUACAGUAAAAAACAUACACACAAUUACAUUGGCUCUCAGGUCCAGGACACUUCCAUACAAAAUAGGUCAAUCCCUCCCCUGUGCCUGGGAGAUAAUUGAGUCAGCACUAUAUUAAACCCAAUUAUCUCCAGGCACAGAAAACAUACAUUAAAAAAAAUGCCUUUAAACACACAAAAUCCCCACAAAAGUUACAUCCCCUGAUAGCUCCGAUCUGGGUGACCAAUCGGUUCAGGGGUUCAGGAAUUUCCUGGAAGUCAUAAUUUGACAGACCGCACGCAUGGUCCCAUGCCAAAACAGCUUCAGAGAAUCAAGGCUUGCGAUUGGUCUAGUUCGGUAGUUUAAGAAUGAACAAACUACCGAACACAGUCCAUAGCUUGUUUUCCUUGUUCGUGGGAACAUUUUCACCGAACAGUGUCUUCCUAAGUGCUAUAAAACCGAACCCAAGCAAUCAUGGAAGUCCAGAGAUUCGUGAGUUUCAGUGUCCGAAAAUAGUUCAAUGAACUCGACGACCAAACACCGCUGCCUGUUUUCAUGCGAACAAGAUGGGCGCCACCUCGUGGUCAUCCAUAGGAAAUGCAGCCACCCAGACGAACACUUAGAACACUGCGUUGGAAAUUGCUACAAAGUAGCAAUUAGGCUUAACAAGUCUCCGGUUCGUGCGGCUGUUCGGUUCCCGAACCAAAUAUAAAAUAUCACGAACCAAGUCUGGUCACAUAGUUAUUUAAAGUGCUCAUAGUCUUUUGGUGAGAGGCUGGCCAGCAGGCCCCUCCAAAAACACGUGACGAGGCUCAGUUUGUCAUACCCUCUUUAAAUUAAAUCUAUUUAACUAUGUUUCUAGACAGUAAAAUAAAAUAAUGUUCAGGGAUUUAAGUAAAACAGGUUACAACUAAGCUGUUAACUCUCUUGUAAUGUAAGUGUUUCUGCAGUUCUGUCACACUAGAUCAGGCCUUGUGACCAAAGAUUUGUUAAUUGUGUAGACAUUCCAGUCUUCGUUCUCAAACUCCACAAUGUCAAGUAGCUGCUGUUACAUAUGAAGCCUAUUAUUCUUUGUCUAUCCUCAACUAAGUAUUUACAUAUUAUCUAUCACAAAACAUACAGGUUUUUUUUACAAUAAAGUGUAAGAAAAUGGGAAAUUUUAUUUCACACACUUUAAUGGCCUUAGAAAAGUCAAAAAGAUAACUUUUGUGCUGUAAUGGACUAUUGUUACAAUAUGGCUGCAAUUCAUGAUCUAAAUAGGAUAGUACUUUUCUCUCUGCCUCACGUUUUAAUAGGUUACUAAGAUGUGUCUUUUUAUUCCCCGCAGGGUAUGAAUCUGGCCAAGGAUAUACGUGACCGUGAACGUGGUGGGCGUGCGCAGGUGUAUGUGGUAGAAGGAGACAACGAGGCAGCUACCCCACAGCUCAUGGAUCUUCUAAACAAAGUGCUGGGAGAGCGGAGGGGAGAAAUCAAGCAAUCCAUUGCAGAUGACGUGGUGGAUCAUGUUGCCAAAACCGCUAUUAAGCUCUAUCAGUAAGCAAAUACAAUACCUUGGAUCGAUCACCUAAAUAACACAUAAUACGUAUCUUCUUGUGAUAAAAAAUCAGUAAUGGGGACCAGUUGCAGCCCAAAUUUGUUGACCUAAGUUUCUUAGUAUCCUUUUUGAGGUUCCUAAGCACAUUACCAACAGAUUUAGAAAAGUUAUUUGAUAAUGAUUAUUUUGUCAUUACUUUUGUAAGCCCAUCCAAAAGUCAGCGUACAAUUUUGUGAAUAGACACCCUUAAUGUAAUUUACUGCAUGAUUAAAAAGUACCAGUAACACGCUUUCAGUAAAAUCUCCUGGUUGUUGAAGAUCUAUAAAGGGGUCUUUGUGCCACUGCCACAUACACACCCAUGUGUAGAAAUAUGGUGGACUGAUGGGGGAAGUCUCAAGGUCCCUUGUGCUGGCAAAACUCCUUUAAAACACCUUAAACCGCUCUUAAACAGACAGAUCUAUAUGUGCAAGACUGUGAUCGCAAUUUAUAUUUAAAUAAAAAAAGACCCGUUCCAACAUAGUAUGCCCUGAUUAUCUCCUGCAGCUCAUAGGAGCCAAGCUCUAGAUAUUAAAUUCUAGUAAUUAGUUGUUCCUCAUUAUUUUCUUCUUUCACACACUUUGUAGAGUUUCAGAUUCAAGUGGCAAUCUUAUGGUGCAAGAAGUGGCAACCCAACCCUUGACCCAGGAUUUAUUGAACCAAGAUGUAAGUAAAGGGGCAAUAACAAUACACGGGGCGGACUUGGAUUCUCAUAAUUACUAAUAGAAUAUCAGGGCAACGCAGCUACAUUUACAGGGUCAUAUCUUUUAGCUUUACCUUUCCUAUUGCUGACCCACAAGUAGCCCCAAUGGAUAACAGAUCUUUGCAUGGUGGCUCAUUUACUACCAUACCUGGAUUAUAAUGACUGUGGUACGCAUUCACCUGCCUGCAUUUAUGGGAUUGGAGUUACCUUUAAUUCUUCAAGUUCAAUUUCUUUAGAGUGUAAGCUCACAGAUUACCUCUUAUUGCACUUAGAAUAAAAGUGCUAAUGUGCUACAUUUAAAGGUUUAUAAAUAGAUAAUUAGACACACUUGUGCAAAAUAAAUGAAAAGAACUGUCUGUAAGCCCUACCUAUUGUUUAUCCACCUGUUGUACAGUGCAGGAAAAUAUACAACAUAUAAAGAGUCUGUUAGGUCUUCUGUGGAUGUUGGCCUCUCUAAAUCUAUUUUCUUAUUUCCAAUCUCCGCAGGACUGCUACAUCCUAGACCAGGCAGGCAUCAAGAUCUUUGUAUGGAAGGGAAAGAAUGCCUCAAAGGAAGAGAAGCAGCAAGCCAUGACCCGUGCCUUGGUAAAUUAGAAAUCUAUCUGUCUCUCUCUAAAGAUAAAAUCAUGGUGAAAGGAAUACUGAUUGACUGAUGUCUCAAAGUACUCUGUUACUUGAUGUUCUACAAUUUAUUCUGUAUACCGACAGGUUAUUUUGAGGAACUAAUUCUGUAACCUUCCUGUUUCACCAACAGAAUUUUAUCAGAGCCAAGAACUACCCUGCGUCCACCAACGUCGAGGUACAAAAUGAUGGAGCUGAGUCAGCUGUGUUCAAACAACUCUUUCAGAAAUGGACCACAAAGGAUCAGACUGCCGGACUGGGGAAGACUAGCACUGUUGGUAAAGUGGGUAAGUAAAAAAGAAAAAAAGAAGCAAUAUUUCUUAAAGGGAACUUAUGGAAAAAAAACUUAAACUUUUUGUAAAAGAGCUUAAAAUGCCAUCUAUACUUUGUGUUAGCAAUUUUGCUAGCAAAUGUAUAGAUUUUGAGAAAAAUCAUCUGUCUAUAAUAUUCUCAGCAGACACUGACUACCAAGGAAUUGAGGAACAGGGAGAGGAUAAGAGAUCUCUUCCCUCUGCUCUCCACCCAUUGCAACCAUAGAACGUUGGAAUCACUUAGCACUUUUAACACAGAAUAGCACCUGCCAUGAGAAAUCUCUUACAUUUUCAUCUUCUCAACAUUUCUGUAAAGGAUGAAGAAAUAAUUAAAUAAAAUAAUAAUAAUUUGGAAUACAUGUACAUAAUUUUACUUUUGUAGGUGUGGCCGACCAGCAACCCAAAAUAAAAUGUUCUAUCAAAAAAUUGAAGUAAAUGUUCAUAACGUUCCUUUUUUUUUAAAAGUAGAAUUUUUUUUUAUCCUACAUUUCGUUGUUGUCUUUAUCUCAUAUUUCAAAUAAAUGCUAUACUAUUUUAUUUAUUUAUUUUUAACAAAAGAAAAUGUGUUAUGAAAGUGUUCGGUACGCCUCAAUCUUUUUUUAUUGCUUCCGUUUAGCCAAAGUAGAACAAGUGAAGUUUGAUGCCAGCAGUAUGCACGCCCAGCCGCAGAUAGCUGCACAACAGAAAAUGGUGGACGAUGGAUCCGGUGAAGUAGAAGUGAGUCAAUAAUGAAUGUGUCCAUGCUAUUUGGGUCUUAUACAUUACAAUUCCCUGAUCCCAGAAGCCCAGAUACUAUUGAGAAAGCAACAAUAUUUUAUAAUCAGCAUUUUUAUGUUUUGUUGAGUUUCUGACCAAGUUUAUCUGAAGUGAUUCAGCCUCUGCUCUAAAUUCCAAACUCAUUAGAUAUUAAUUUCUUCAAAUCUUACGUGCCCUUUGCAUUGUAAAUAGACAUCAAAUGGAACUCACCAGCACUUCAUACACAUUCCACUGAGCUCGACACCUUUUGUUAGAACUUCCACUGAAUUCAGCAGAUCAGCUAAACGUUCCACUGAAAUCAGGAGCACUAGGUAGACUUUCUGUUGAGUCCAGAGGCUCUCUAGAAACUUUCUACUGAACUGGACAGGAAGGAUUCAUGCAAUUACAAAGUUAGACUGAUAGGAGAGCAUUUUUCCAUUAUAUAAAAGUAGCUAUUAAUCUUAAUUUUUAAUUUUGAUCCCAAUUAUCUACUGCAUUCAUGUUAACAUAAUAGAAAAGAAAAUAAAUAAUAAAGAUUUAAAAAGAACAAAUAAAACAUGGAUACUUACCCUAAAGCAAUAAACAGAUUAAUAAGAAAAAGCACAAACUUACAAAGAAAACUGCAAAGUUCUAAGGUGAAAAAAUAAAUACAAUGCAGUGUAAAAAUGUGUGUUCUGUUUGGUUACAAUAGAUUUAUUUUACAUAAAAACAAGCUUUUUUCCCCCCCAAUUCUGAUUGUUAUAUUAUUUAUUUUGUUUCUUUGUUUAGAAUAAUAACACUGCACUCUGAUUACACAACUCAUAGAUAAAUAAUUCCAUGCAAAUACACUUUUUGAAGGUUCCCCUGUUGUAAUUAAAUAGUGUCGCUGGCUUUUAGAAACUGGCCAGGGUUCAUUGAGCUAAUACGGAUUGAGAAUAUUUCUAGCUGUCAUUCCACGUGAUGUGCUUUGAUUUUCUCUGUUUACAGGUCUGGAGAAUAGAGAAUUUGGAGCUGGCUCCUGUAGAAAAGCAAUGGAUUGGACAUUUCUAUGGAGGAGACUGUUACCUGAUUCUUUACAAAUAUCUUGUCAAUAACAAGUAUCACUACAUUAUCUAUGUAUGGCAGGUAAGGACUCAAUGUGUUGGAUAACUUUAUAGACAUAUAACAAACAAAGUGAAUGAUAAAAGGGUAAAAUUACAGAUGUAAAAUGACAGAGGGAGGAGGGUGUUGAUAGUAUUUAGAAGCAGAUCAGAAAUAUUUGGCCUAGUACAGGUGGAGUUGUCUUGUAGCAGUGGUUUAAUGAAAAGGUCUCAAACGAAAUGACAUAGUGUGAUUGUUUAUAGCAGAUGGCUUGGGGGAAGAGGUUUAUAGCAUGUGGCUUAGAGGAGGAGUCCAAAAUGAACUGAAGUCGUGGUUAGUGGGAUGACGUAAUGCAGUUGAUGUAUGAGAGAUGCUCAGAAGACAUGGGUCAAUUGAGGUGGAAUUUGGCUUGUUACAGGAUACGGCUUAGUGUAGCUAGUUUAUUGGAAGUGGUUUAGCAGAAGAGACUUAGAACAUAUGGCUUAAAGGAGGUGGCAUAUGCAAGACAUCUUAGUGGGUUGUCCCUAAAAUAGAGAAAUUGGCUCAAUGGAGAUGGCAUGGCUGAGAUGGAAUAGUAAGAUUGGUGUCAGGGAGAAACUUAGGAGACAGGGAUUGGUUGGUUGAGAUGACUUAUAGCAGCUUUUUGAUCCAGGAAGGUAUAGUUGAGGUGGAAUUGGCUUACAGGUUCAUCUCUAUGAAGAUAUCUCCUGUGAUGACAACGUCUAGACUUGCUUUUUUUUUUUUUUUUUUAAACAGGGUCGGCAUGCAAGUCAGGAUGAGAUAGCUGCAUCAGCCUAUCAGGCAGUGGCACUGGAUCAACAAUAUGGUGGGGAACCAGUCCAGGUCCGAGUACAAAUGGGGAAGGAACCUUCACACCUGAUGGCCAUAUUCAGGGGCAAACUGGUGGUGUAUGAGGUGAGAUCUUUUACAAAGGUGAAAACAGAUGUUUUAAUGGAUUUUAAGGAAUCUGUUGUGUGAUUAAAGCAUUGAAGGUGCACCCUAAACACUAUAACCACAGCAGCUCAUUGUAAUGGUUAUUGUGCAACGGAAAAUGCAGCUUCCCACUUUUUUAUGUAAAACCAUUCUGAACCAUUUUGACAAAAACUGGGACCCUUUAUGGCACUUAUAGCCCAUCCCCUAUACAGCUGCAUAAAUGAUAUAUUCAUAUUAUCUGUAUGAAUACGUCCAACCUUUAUAGGCUGUGAGCGCCGGGCCAUAUUAACAGGAGUUUCUGGAACUUGUAGUUAUCAGCUUCCUUGUCUGGCAAGGAAGCGCCUCCACCAAGAAAAGGGGCAUGGCCAUUUGACAAAGGUGUGGUGCCAUGCAGAGUGACUGACGGCCUGACCUCUCAAGCAGACCAUGCACAUAACGCUGCUGGGGAUGGAAUAUCCAUUCUAUAUAAUUUGUAAUAGUUUUGCUUUAUUUAAGAGCUUUAUUUUUUUUAAGGAUCUUAUUUCUGGUAGCAACAUUGUUACUAUAUGACUCCAAAUACUUUCCUUCGCAUGGUAAGAACCAAUGAUUUUUAAAAUCAAUACAUAGGGCCAGUGCUAUAAAACUUUUUUUUUUUUACAAAACCAAAACCAAAAAUGCAUUCAGAUUCCUCAGCUGCUCUCCCCAGUACUGGUCUUUAUACAAACAGCCCACAAAAAAUGUGAACCAGUAGCAAAAACUAUGUAUUUUCAAUACUUCCAGCAUUGUGUAAAAGGGAAAGAUUGUACAACCCUGAAUUAGAUACUUUAUUGUAAAAUUAAGUUUAUAUUUCUAUCUCCUAGGGUGGCACCUCUCGUGCGGAUUCAACAGAGAUCCCUCCUGAAAUCAGAUUGUUCCAUGUAUAUGGAACUAAUGAAUACAACACCAAGGCAUUUGAGGUUCCAGUUCGUGCCUCUGCUCUCAAUUCUAAUGAUGUUUUUGUGCUGAAGACAAAAGGGACGUGCUACCUGUGGUGUGGAAAGGUAAGAUGCGGCAUCUGCCAAACGAUGGCCCUUGAAUAGACUUAAACAACAACGCAGAAUCAGCAAAUCUAACGUGUGAAUAUUUAAGUUCUCCAUGCAGCAAAACAAAAUAUGUUUAUUCAUUAAACACAGAAUUUUAAGUCCAAAAGUGGUGAUUUUGUGAAAAUGAUCCAACUCUGUAAUAGUUACAGCUUGGCUUUUCGCCAAUAUUUUGCAUUUCAGUUUUCAAAUUUACAGGAAUAAACAUCAUUGUUGUAUGGAAUCCAUCACAAACAGACCUGAUGCUUUUGUGUCCCGAAAGGCACGCAGUCUAAGGAGACAAUUUGCUUGUUGGGUUAAUGUAAUCAUAUUUACAGGGCAAUGUGUACACAAGAUGACUAUUCAUGGAAACGAACAAUUCCUAUUUCAAAUUCUUCAAUUAAUUUAAAGAUAUCUACAUUGCAACCCUUCACUUAUCAUUCAAUAGUGCAGUAAAACGAUAGCCUGUUGGAAGAUUACUAUCUAAAAAAAAAAAACCUCUACACAAUUUUUUAUAACUUCGCCAUCAAUAAGGCAGCUCAGAAACUAUAUUUAAUGACCAUUUUUACUUUCCCGCAGGGCUGCAAUGGAGAUGAGCGCGUUAUGGCUAAAUCUGUGGCUGAUAUUAUCUCCAAGGGAGAGAAGGUGGUAGUGGCUGAGGGGCAGGAGCCAGCCGAAUUCUGGCUUGCUCUUGGAGGGAAAUGUCAGUAUGCCACCAUCCUCAAUAAGUAAGUAUCGUUAAAACUUCUCUAUGCCACAAGACAUGUCAACACACUAACAUUUAGUAUCCUGAACUGCAGAAAAAUGCAGUGUAGAAAGGUACUAGGAUAUUAAGUGUUCAAAUUUCUCAUGGAAAAACAGGGAGGUUUUCAAUAUAAAUUAUGUUUAAAGGGACCAGGCACCAGAACAACUACAGCUUAAUGUAGUUGUUCUGGUGAGUAUAAUAGCUCUCUUCAGGCUUUUUUCAUGCAAACACUGUCUUUCCAGAGAAAAGGCAGUGUUUACAUUGCCUCUAGGGACACCUCCAAGUGGCCACUCCUUAGAUGGCCACUAGAGGGGCUUCCUGUGUCAGUGCUACCAAAAAAGCAACCCUGACGUUCUGCAUCCCUACGCUCUGCAUGGAGAUGCUGAAUUUUCCUCAUAGAGAUGCAUUGAUUCAAUGCAUCUAUAUGAGGACGUCCUGAUUGUCCAAAACAGUAUUUGGCCCCGUCCCAUGCUGAUUUUAGCCAAUCCAAUGCUUUCCCUAUGCGAAAGCAUAGAAUUGGCUAAAAAUUGGCCAUUUUGAUUUCACAAAGGAGUCGGGGUCAGUGCCGGUGAACCCGCGUGGCGGUGGAAAUAAGGUGAGUUUUAAACUUUUAUAGGGAGCCUAAGAGGGGGAGGGGGUAAGCCACCUAAAUACACACAAAUACAUGUUUGUGUUCCUGACCCUAUACUGUUUCUUUAAUAAGAAAAGGUGAGUCAAUCUGGGUUAGUAUACAGAUAUUUGUAUGUUCUUCAUUUAUGGGAUUAUACAAUAUGAAGGUGUUUUCAAUUCAGCUAUUCCCAGAAGUUCACUCAUUAAUGAAGAUUAACAAUAUUAAUACUAUGUAAUCAUCAACCUAUGUUCUAACCUGUCCCUCUUCUGCCUGCAGACAGCAAGAACAAGUUGUUGAAAUCGUCCCUCGUUUGUUUGAAUGUUCCAAUCAAACCGGAACAUUCCGAGCAACUGAAGUAACUGAAUUCACCCAAGACGACCUGGAAGAAGAUGAUAUCUUCUUACUGGAUACUUGGGAUCAGGUAAAAAGGAAGGAACAGGACAGGAGAAGUCUGGUUCUAGAACAGAAGUUAUAGCAAUUUAACAUACAUGACAUGUUCCACAGCUAUGUGCUACAAUGUAAUUUAACAUUAAUGAAUUCCUCUUCUGAAUUCCUUGUCUGAAUGGACAAAACUCUGUGAAAAUGACAGAAUUUAAACUAUAAAAGCCAAUUCUCACAUUUACUAAAGCCAAACUCAGUCGUAAUUUGGUAAAUCCGACUGAAUCUGCACCACACAACCAGAUACAUUUGGUGUCUGGUUUUUAAUCAGUGCCUUUUGCAUCUGAAUCCUGUUUGAAAAUAUAAGAUCUAGAAAAUGUACAAAGCAAUCAUUUUAGGCAAAGUUGUGACCAAAUACAUCUGGUAGGAUGCUCAUUCACAAAUUCUAAACCAGUUGCUUUUUGCUAGUGGGCAAAUAGUUUGGACAUUUAAAAUCUGGGUCGAGAAUGAAAGGAUAUUUUAGCCUUCUGGCAAAACUAUAGUAUUGUGCUGGCUGUUUGAAUUGAUAAUCUGUUUAAGGCAGUGAAGCCACUUGUCAUCACAACUCAUUUCUUUCUGAAGGUAUUCUUCUGGGUUGGGAAAGAUGCUAACGAUACGGAAAAGAGUGAAGCAGCAAUCACGGCACAAGAGUAUCUGAAGACGCACCCUGGUAGUCGUGACAUUAACACACCCAUCAUUGUAGUGAAGCAAGGUUUUGAGCCUCCAACAUUCACAGGCUGGUUCCUUGCUUGGGAUCCCUUUAAGUGGGAGGUAAGGUAUCCAACAGUAACUUUUCAUGAUAUUCAGUAAGCACAAGCUGUUAUUACUGCUGAUAUAACUAUUCACUCACUCACUCACAAUGAACUGCAGUCUGUAUGUACAUCAAUAUCUCCUUUAUUUAACUUUGUGUUAAAUAUCUCUUACGUGAGUCUACACAACAGCUAACACUAAAAUACUGACCACCCAAAAUUCUCUCUUUCAGAACAGCAAAUCGUAUGAAACUCUAAAGGCGGAACUGGGAGACAUCAAUAACAUUGAAGGAAUCACUUUCGUAAGCAUCCUAUUCCACUGACAAAAAUAGACAUUUUCCCAAAAUGUAGAAAAACAUACAAUAGAUAUUAGGGUCUCAACAAAUCUCUAAAAAUAAAGCAACAACAAAAAAUAGAUAAUGAAAUAAUAUUUAAUUUUCCUAUUUAAAUGAAUUAUUCAAUAGGUUCAUUAGCAGACUAUAAAUAAAUUCAUAACCAAUAAAAAAUUGGAAUGUGUUCAUAUCAACUUUCAAAAUAUAAAAAAGAGAAGGUUUAGUCAUUUCUAUUUUUCUAGAACCCUAAAAGUAGAAAACGGUUUCUGGUUUUGCUUUAGCAAAGUCAAUUCACAACGAGCUAAAGUGAUGUAUAAGCUUUUUUUCUUCUUCUUCAAACUACAUGAUGCUCUUUAGGCUGGCUUGGUUUCAGUUUUCUGCCGUUUGCAUCAGUUCUACCAAAAGAGUUGAAAGAAGGUGUAUAGGCAGUAGACAUGUGCAAUUAGUUUCGGGCCGAAUAUGAAUUUGGAAGAAUUUCGGGCAAUUCGGACACUUCCGAAUGUCCGAAUUACCGAGGUCCCGAAGUUCAGAAAUUAUUGAAUUUUCGAAGUACAGUAUUGCCUAAGUACUAAUAUACUUACCCAGUGGAAGAAGAAGAAUGUUACACUGCAUACAAUUUUAAAUAAAAAGUAUACAAACAUAGCCAGGAUUCUGCUGUAAGCAUUUGCAACACUUACAACAAUCAAGUAACAUACAUUCAUAUAAAAUGUAAAUUACUUGGCCAGUCAAUGUAAUGAACGGAAUGAAUAAGUAGAUAACUCCAUAAUUCCCACGGUAUUAGGGAGCUAUCUACUAAAAGGCUGAAAGACCUAAAUGCCCCCCCUCACUCCCCGAAUGGUGGGUGGGGGCCCUAAAGUAAAAUAAGGGGGGACCUAUUGUCCUCCCCCCCGGCCCCCACCCAUGAGCAGCAGGUGGGGGCCCUAAAUCAAAAUAAGGUGGGGACCCAAUGUCCUCUCCCCUGAGCGGGGGCCCUAAAUACCAAUUGGGGGGGACCUAAUGUCCUCCCCCCUGGCCCCCACCUCUGAGCGGUGAGUGGGGUCCCUAAAUUAGAAUGAGGGGGGCCUAAUGUCCUGCCCCCCACCCCUGAGCGGUGGGUGGGGACCCUAAAUUAGAAUGAGGGGGGGGAGGACCUAAUGUCCUCCCCCCUGAGCGGUGGGUGAGGGCCCUAAAUACUAAUUAGGGGGGACGACCUAAUGUCCUCCCCCUUGGCCCCCACCCCUGAGCGAUGGGUGGGGGCCCUAGAUUAGAAUUAGGGGGGAGGACCUAAUAUCCUCCCCCCUGAGCGGUGGGUGGGGACCCUAAAUACUAAUUAGGGGGGUUGGGACCUAAUGUCCUCCCCUCUGGCCCCCACCCCUGAGCGGUGGUUGGGGGCCCUAAAUUAGAAUAAGGGAGGACCUAAUGUACUCCCCUUUGGCCCCCACUCCUGAGCGGUGGGUGGGGGCCCUAAAUACUAAUUAGGGGGGGGACCUAAAGUCCUCCCCCCUGGCCCCUACUCCUGAGCGGUGGGUGGGAGCCCUAAAUACUAAUUAGGGGAGGACCUAAUGAGGCUUCCCUUUGGAUUAAAAUUAAUUAUAUUGGAAAUAAAAACAUUCUGCCAUAAUUUAGAGCGAGAGAGUGAGUGUGUGUACACACAAACACACUUUUAACAUCGUACAUUUCUUCUGUGAAGGCACAGGGCAAUUAACUCAUACUAGGAGUUUGCAUCAGUGCAAAUGUUGAUUGCUCUUUGACUGCAUUGUGUGAAAAUAAAAGAAAACAGGAGUCUCAGCACUGACAGACUCCUGAAACAGAAAAAAUAUGGAAAAACCUUUAUUUUUUUGACAUUUUACAUUUGAGUGAAUAACUAUCACAAGCCAAUUAUCUCCUUGUAAUAUAUAUAAGUUAUUCCUUAGCUCACACUUAAACCUACCAGAAAGCUUUUUUUAUUUUUUUUUAUUAACGGUUCACAUGCACGAAAAGUAUGGUAACGUGUUUUGUUUCCUUAGGAAUUGAACAAUACCGGAUUAGACUCUUUUACAUCUCAAACAAAAUUUGUGACUCCAGGAUUUCAGACUUUCCCAGCUGAUGCACUCCUCAAUAAAACCACAGACGAUCUGCCACCUGGUGUGGACCCCAGCAGAAAAGAGGUGAGCUAGACUUAAAAAUCCCUCCUCUCCACCAGUAAUAAUGUAAAAUAAUGUUACUAUAUUGAAACGAACCAAAGGAUCAUUAAGAACUGUGCAUGUGGUACAGUGAUAUGAACAGAUAAAAAUUUUAGAUUUAGCAAAACAAGAAAACUGAAAAUAAAUAGCUUUAAGUGGAAAAUGUUUCUAGUUUAGCCAUCUUUGCAUCAAUUUUGCAAAUCCCAUUUCAAAUCUUCUCAACUCCUGAUUUCUUGAUUACACUCCUGGCUGGCUGAGGGCAUUGCAGUGUCUCACUCAUUAUCUAUAUAUUAGUAUGGGUGCAGGUUUGGUUUCCAGAUUCAUUCCUGGGCAAGUGUACUAGGCAACUGAUUUAAAGGACCACUAUAGUGCCAGGAAAACAUACUUGUUUUCCUGGCACUAUAGUGCCCUGAGGGUACCCCCACCCUCAGGGACCCCCUCCUGCCCGGCUCUGGAAAGGGGAAAAGGGGUUAAACUUACCUUUCUCCAGCGCCGGGCGGGGAGCUCUCCUCCUCCGAGGCUGAAUGCUCACGCGCGCCAAGAGCUGCGCGCGCAUUCAGCCGGUCACAUAGGAAAGCAUUCAUAAUGCUUUCCUAUGGACGCUGGCGUGCUCUCAUUUUCACAGUGAGAAGCACGCAAGCGCCUCUAGUGGCUGUCAAUGAGACAGCCACUAGAGGCUUUGGGGGAAGGAUUAACCCAUUUAUAAACAUAGCAGUUUCUCUGAAACUGCUGUUUAUGAAAAAAUGGGUUAACCCUAGCUGGACCUGGCACCCAGACCACUUCAUUAAGCUGAAGUGGUCUGGGUGCCUAGAGUGGUCCUUUAAUGCCUACAGUGUAUGAAUUAUACAUACUGCAGAACAGCACUUUUCACGUUUACCAGAACAGUUAUGAAGCUGUAGAAAAACAUGAUGCAUUGGUUCACACCAGCUGUGGAUUGCUUUAGAUUUAGUUCCUGGCAAGUAAUGUAACUUUAGAAAGUUAGAAAUCCCCUGCACAUAAACUUCACUGCUGCACCUGUCUCAAGAUUUUAUGUAAACCUUUAAAAGCAGAGAUCAUUUUGGCUAUUAGAUAUAUACACCCAUCUCCUGACUUCUACAUACUUAAUCCAAUCCGGCUAUUGACUAUCAUACUGGAUGGAGUUUUUCCAAGGUGAGCCGCUUGAGACAGGUGACACUAUAUUUUGAAUUGCAUUGGAGACCAAUGUAUAAGACUCCCCUAUCGAGGUCACAGCUCAGUUAAAGGGACACCAAAACAACUAUCUUAACGAAGUAAUUUUUGUGUAUAGAUCAUGCCCCUGAAGUCUCACUACUCAAUUUUCUGCCAUUUAGGAGGUAAAUCCCUUUUUGUUUCUGCAGUCCUAGCCACACCUUGCCGACCUGUGACUGACAGCCUGCAUGAAAACAAAAAUGGAUUAAUUUUUAAUCAGAUGUAACUUACUUUAAAAGUUUUAAUCUCUUGCUUUGUAAAUUAAACUUUAAUUACAUAUAGGAGCUUCUGCAGGGUCUAGCACGCUAUUAACAGAGCAGGAGAUAAGACACUUUACAUUAAACAGAAUUUGUAAUAAAGGUGGUGUAAACAUUAGAAGACUCUUUACAGGGAGUGUUUAGGAGAAUUGGCAGUGAGACUGCAGGGACAUGAUCUAUACACCAAAACCGCUUUAUUAAGCUUAAGUUGUUUGGUCCCUAUAAGUACAAAGUCACACAGGCAGUCUGUAAUAGUAGCAAAACUUGAGAUAGAUUAUGUCCUGAUCAUUGUAGCAAAUAGUGUUUUACUGUAAACCUUUUGAGAGUUCCAGAACUGAAAUAGCAAAGGAAAGAAAUCCUUCCAAACUUUUUUUCUUCUUUUGCCAAUGGAAUUUUUUUUUUUUUUUUUAAUUAACAAUGUAGUCGUCAGAUUGCACCCUAAAACAUCCUUAGAGGGAACAUAAGAACGCUCAAUGUAUGUUAAUUCUUUUUCAGGAGUACCUCUCCGCUGAGGAUUUUAGUUCUAUUUUUGGGAUGAGCCGCAUGGAUUUCCAGAGUUUGCCAGAAUGGAAGAAGCAAACAAUCAAGAAAGCAAAAGGACUCUUCUGAUCUGUUCUUUCCCCCAUCAUUUCCUUUUGUUUUAAGACUCCCAAUUUAAGAUAUUUCCCUGAAAACCCUUUCAAGCCUUAACAGAGCUAUUGCAUCACUCACACCGAGGAUACAUGUCUGGAGCACCGACUGUGGUAUUCCUUCAUGCCAUUGGCUGGUUAAGCAUGAUGUGAGCUGCUGACCACAGCAGUGGGAGUGCCAGAGGUUUGCUACCUAAUGAAAACUGUGCUUCUUAUCUUUAAACUUUAAAACCAGAGCAUUAAUCUGAAGAGAAAAAAAAAGAGAAUGAAUACAUCAUUGUUGUAAAAUAAAAAGGUUUCCUUUUAAACUAAGAA